GGCUGCCUUCUCCGGAGCCUCGGCCGCCCACUUCCCUCUUGGCGCAUGCGCAGUACCGGUCCCCUUACCCGCGGUCCGUUAUAAACAAGGCAGAGCUUCCCGCCCCCCCCAUCUCGCCCAGCCGCCGCUCUGACGCUCCACCCUCCCCUUUGCGUGCAUUGGUUUGCCCCGGCGCCGUUUGGGCGGGUCCACGAGAGGAAGCGGGGGUUGCGGACGUGAAAAAUCGGAGACGGGUCGGGGGAGGAGGCGUGGCAACCCCUCGGAGCGCCCGGGUGGUGCGGCCCGCAGUCGCGGCUCGAAGCGAGGCGGGCGAGACCAAGUGAAGAGGCCGGGGGUGUGUGAGGAUGAUGAUGAUGAAGAGCGGUGUGGAGAAAGCAACAAGAAAAAGAGGAUUCCAGCCGUGAGGCAAAGCGAGGCGGCGAAAAAAAUACUAUUUUUAAAAAAAUUGAUAAUAAUACGGAAUAAUUUUUUUUAAAGAAAAGGAGGCGGAAAGGAGGGUGAAGCGGUAAAAUGGCGUCGGCCGGGCCCGAGCCUGGGGGGAGCAGCGGCGUUUCCUCAGGUGAGGGGCGAGGUUGUGACUCCCUUUUCUGUGGCGAGGAGGGAGUGUUAAAUCUCGGAGAGGAGCGUUGGUUGGGGGGGGGGAAUUCCCUCUCUGUGGGGGGGGCAGGGUGGAUAUUUGGGGAGGGGUCUUAAAAUGUGUUCCUCUGAGACCCCCGUGUGAGUAAGGGGGCUGCAUGGAGGGGGGGAAUAGAAAGAUUGGGGCGGGGGGGCUUUGCAUCUUGAUGUGGGGUAAAUGAACCCCACACAGGUGUCUGGGCGGGGGGGGGGGGGGAAGCUGUUUUAUUGAAGGGUCUCAGCUCCCCCAAUUUACAGCAGGAGGAGGAGAAGAAAGAGACCGGCUCCCCCUGUGAGUGGGGGGCAGUUUAGGGGGGAAGGUGAAUGAGACCCCCACUCACAGUGGGGUGUCAGUCUCUCCCCACCCCUUGUAGAUUUGGGGGACCGAAUCCUCCGCCCCACAAUAGGAAAUCUACAGCUUUCUUCUCUCCCCCCCCCCCAGCACUCAGUGGGGAAGAUUUGGAAGAGGGGUACUUUGUGGGCUGCUUAUGGGAAGGGGUUUUGGGGUGUGUGAAAAGUGACUUCUGCCCCUCCUGGGGGGGGCAAAUUAGAGGAAAUGGGGGGGGGAGAAGGGGCAAGACAGCUGGCGGGUCUUAUGUUGCUUGCGAGGGAAUAUAUGGGGUGGGUUAUGGGACUCCCUCCAAAGAGGGGGGAAGGAAGGUGGUUGUGGGUUUUAUUUGGGGAGGGGGCUUCACGUUAGGGGUGAAAAGGGUGAUGGGUUUGGGGAGCCUUUAUUUGGGGAGCGAUCAGUGUGUGGGAUGUGGAAGGGCCUUUUUCUUAUUUCUCAGCAGGGGGAGUACUGUAGUUGGCCUUGAAUGUGGGGUGUAUGGGAAGGCUCCAGAGAGUUGUGGGGGGAUGUAUUCCACCACCCCAGUGCGGAUUCCAUUAAUUGAAAAGAAACCUUGCUGCUCGUAAGUAGCACUGAAGGCAGAGUUCAACAACAAUUUGUUUAAAAAUGCAACCGUAUACUAAAAUGGCAGAUUUCAGAGAAUAGGAGGUUUGGGUAUAAUCUUGCCAUUAAAAUAAAAAUUAAAUAAAGACGGAAGAUUAGAGAUGGCAGAGUCCCUAGGAUCGGCGGGUGUGUAUAGGGUGAUAUAAUGAACCAGACCCUUUUUGCUGAGCAAUGGGGAGGCAGCGAAUCCCCCUCUUUGGGGUGGGGCGUCCUGGGGGUCGUGUUGCAUUGAUGAAUGAAGUGCCUCCUUCAGUGUGGGGCUCAUUGCCUGAGAAAGGGGCUGUCAUGGUGGUCCUUGAUCUUCCAGUAACUGGGGGUGAUUGCUGGGUUUUGGAGAGGGAUCUCCCAAACGGGCGCAGUGGGAGCCUGACACUGAGCAUAUGGUGAGUGAGUGGUUGCACCUCUUGGCAUAAGGAGAGAGGAUUCUGGGAAUGAACAUAUUUUUGUGUGGGAUGUGGGGUCGCUUAAGGAAACAAGUUCCUGCUUUGGUGGGGGUGUUCAGGAGGGCCCAUCCCCCUUUCCUGGAGGAAAGGAGUGGGACCUUCCUUAUGGUGGAUGUGGAGACUGUGGUAUAACUUGUGUUGUAUGCAGUUCUCUGGGCAGUAGAUCCCAAGGAACGGCCCUCGUGGAGAAGCAAGUGGUUGGUGGUUUGAGGUUGCGGGUUGAGUCCUCAAAGUUCCUUCUUUGUAUGAAUGACUUUCUGUUUUCCUUUUCAGUUUAGCAAGAGCGUUAUGGGGUGGCACUGUCACUCAUUGGUAGGGCACCUUCUCUGCAUGUAGAAGGUCCCAUGUUUGAUCCCAUCAGUCCCUGCUGGAAAGCCUGGAGAUCUGCCAGUUAGCGUAGACAGUACUGAACUAGACAGACCCAAGCUUCUGACUGUCUUAAGGCAGCAUCUUAGGUUCCUAGUGUUUGAGGGUGGGGAAGGUUAAUGCGAGCAGGGGACACAGGGAGGUCCUUGGGGCAGUGACUUCCAGUCUGUUCCCCCAAGGGAGCUUGUGUGGACACUGGGCACUCUCUAAAGGAAGGAGCUGGCUGACUGGCUUGCGGUCUGAGCUCAUGCAUGUGUGUGUUUUUUUCUGGAGUUGGAGGAGUAUUAUUUGCAGGUCAGGAGGAGUUGAGACCCUUUUGUGGGUGGUGGGAGGCGGACAAAAGCAGAAUGGGAAGUGGCGGGGCUCCUUCUGUGGGGUCCAGCCCACUUCCUGAAUUAGGGUGAGGGGUUUUUGCUGUUGCAGUGCCAGGGUCAACGGGAGCAUGUGCAUAAGUCAUCCUUUCCCUUGAUGUCAUUAAAUGAAGGGGGAGUGUGAUCUGUCUUUUCGGAAGAAGGGUGGUGUAGUUGGUUGCCACAGAGUUGUGGGCAGGCUUCAGAGGCUGGGUUGCUGGACUCCUCUGGGUGGGAGUCCACCGGUCCUGAGGGAAGCUUCUUACCUUUCUUCUCCUAUCAGAGAGCACCAGGCUGCAGGGCUGAAGUGUACAUCUUGCAGGGACAUGGAUGAGAUAACUGAAAAGGGAGAUUUCUUAACCUUUGAACAUCAACCACCUUAUUGGACUUCGGGGGAUGGUAUGUUUCCCUCUUUGUAUUCCAUGCUUUAGGAAGGAAUGAGACCUUGAAUCCCCCUGAGUGAUUAUAGGGUGUUCAUUUAAUUAACAUUUAUAUUCGCAGGAAUAAAAAAAAAUUAUUUUUAGACAACACUAUGACAUAUAGAAGGCAGCAGUUUAAACCUUCAGUGUAAAAACUCUGUAGGUCAGAAAGCCAAUAGAUAGAUAGAUAGAUAGAUAGAUAGAUGUCACCACAGUAGUGAAAAUUUGAAAUGGAGUACAAUGGUACCUUGGGUUACAUACGCUUCAGGUUACAGACUCCACUAACCCAGAAAUAGUACCUCGGGUUAAGAACUGCUUCAGGAUGAGAACAGAAAUUGUGCUCCGCCGGCGCGGCGGCAGCAGGAGGCCCCAUUAGCUAAAGUGGUGCUUCAGGUUAAGAACAGUUUCAGGUUAAGAACAGACCUCCGGAACGAAUUAAGUACUUAACCCGAGUUACCACUGUAUUAUGGGCUUCUUCCAAACAGGACACUUUCAGACAGUAAAGAAGAAGCUCAUUUUUUCUCUGUCCCCACCCCCUUUCAAAUGCAUCUUUCCCCCACCCCUUAGCAGCUGAUUUCCUGGGAGCUGCUCUGAAGAGCUGGUUUGAAAAGUCUUGAUUUUGUUACAAUUUCCCUCUAGCUCAUUCUCACAACCAGUCUGGAGUCAAAGUUCUCAAGGGAUGAGCAGAUAAUAUGGUGGUAGGCCUUUGAAAUGUACCACUUCAGGGCUACAUCAGGCCUUCCAACACCACUCACAGCUCCUGGUGUGUUUCUUUGUUGGGUAAGAUUUUUGGCAAGUGAGACUUGUCAAACAGGCCAGGGAAAGUUGUGCAGCCGUCUUAUUUUUGUAACACUGGUACCACAAAGUUAUUGUUGCUGGUCUUCUAUCAAGCAGGCUGAUCAGCCCCUACACCUGUUGAUUUUCAGCAGUGCUUGGGGUCAUCUUCUGAGCCCAACCCUCCUUGGUAUGGCAUACUAAGCAGAGCCUUUUUGGUGCUGGCUCCAGGGCAGUGGAACAUCCUGCCAAAAGACACUCUCCUAGCUCACAUUUUGCAGGCAGCUGAAACUUGCCACUGUCUGAUAGGUUUCCUUUUUCAUCAGGCACUUUCUUCUGCUAUUGUGCAAGUCUCAUAUUUUUAAUUUCACCUUACUUUUGAAUCCUCUCUUUCUCCGUCUACUCCAGAUGUGCUUUCAAUCUCUGUUUGCUGCCUCAAGUAUUUUUUAUUAUUUUUUUUAGAAAGGCGGGAUGAACAUGCUAAAAAUGAAUCAGCUGUUCAGUUUUGGGUCCCUUGGGUACAACCCUCAUGGUGUCCUUUUGGUAUCCUGCCCACAUAAAAUCCAAGGGCUGUUUCUUUGCCUAACUCUGGCUUUAUAGAUAAAAGUUAAAAUUUGACUGGUCUGCCCUUCUCUCUCUAUCCUGCCCACCUACCAGUAAAAGCCACUCUUUGGGGAUUGUCUGUGUCUAGAUGUUGGGUGGGGGAGGAUGAGGAUAGAGAACACCCACCAGGGCUGGACAGCCCUUUCCUUUCGCUUUGAAAUAGGUCAUGUGCCAAAAAUAACCAAUUGCAAUGCGUCUGUCUGUAGACGGCACUCUUAAUUCAGUAAAUGAUAUAAUUCAAGCUUUCUGCAACUCUGGACCACUGACCCCUCCACAUGUUUACUUGGAAGUAUGACUGGUGCGGUUUAAACUUCCUAGUGAGUUUGGUUUUUUUAAGGUGGCAGCUUCUAAGCUCUUUGCAGCCUUGGUUAUGUUAAGAUUUGCACCUUCCAUAUGCAGUGGGAUGAUGUUAUACCACCUUUUUAUAGAUGGGGGGGAGGUGGGAAAAUCUGACAAAAUCCCACACCAGGGGUGCCGCUCAGAAAUAUGGCUUGCCCAAGCCUCACUCUGUCCCCUUGUCCUCUGAGCUCUUAGCUCCAGCUUCCUGGCUCACAAACUAUGUUUUUAGUCUCUAAACUAAAGCUGUAGUCUGCUAUACACUUCAGCCCCUUUGAACUCUGCGGGGCUUAAGUUGCGAAUAAUCAUGCUUCUGAUCAGCCUGUGCAUCUCCUUGGAAACCAUCCUGUGAGGGUCAUUAACUGCGGCUUCCAUUUCAUAGAUGACUUGGUCAGAUGCUAAACAGCCCCCACCCCAAACUUUGUCCUUGCCUAAGGCAGAUUUUGAACCCAUGCCUCUAAACUCGGACUCCGGACUCCGUUUGUAACAGCAGCACAGCUCCACCCCCCCCCCCAUCACUUUGCAUCUUAAGGCCUUGUUUUGCUGGUGCUGUUUUGUCAUUCAGGUGGGGAGGAUCCCCCCCCCCCCAAAAAAACCAAGUCAACACAAUGGAAUGGUGCUUCCUGAGUGUCCUUCAGACAAAUCUGCCUAAAUGGAGGCACUUGUCUUCUGUGGGGAAACAAACCAGAGAGCCAGAGUGGGAAAGUACAGGUGGGUUGUGGACUUUCCUCAUCGCUUUUGAAAGCUGUCUCUCCAAAUGCUUCCUCUUGACAUAGUGAAAAACGCGAAAGCAGAGGUGGGGAACAUCUGGGGCCCUCCAGAUGUGCUCAGAUUCCUGUGUGCCCCUGUGGCCAGCAUGGCUAGUGGUCUGGGAGGAUGAUGGGAGUUGGGAGUUUGACAACAACUGGAGAGCCGUAGAUUUCCCCCAAUUUUGGACUGAAGGAUUUUGUCGCGUGCACCCCCCCCCCCGAUUUUGAGAGAGACAUAGGAAGCUACCUUAUACUGAGGCAGAUCAUUGGUCUGCCUAGCUCAGUACUGUCCACACUGACUGGCAGCAGCUCUCCGGGAAAUUCAGGCAGGGUGCCUUUCUUACCCAUACCUAAGGAUUGAACCUGGAACCUACAUGCACAAUGGAUGCGCUCCCACUGAGCUAUGGCGCUUCCCCAGGCAUUUUGUUUUUCUCUUGACAGCUGUGAUUCAGGUCAUAAGGGGGCUGGAGAUUUAUUUAUCAUUUAUUUUAUAUCCUUCCUCUUUAGGAUCAUGCUGUGCAAGCCUGCUUAACAAAAACAGCUUAAAACAAUGAAACAGUACAAUCCUCGAGAUAACAAAAGUAACACAAAACAGAUCAGCUUUUUUUUAAGGGUCUACAGAGUCCCCUGCUAGCACGUCUAGAUUAAAAUGAAUUGUAAAUAUAUUUAUCCUAAAUAAAAGUGAUUUUUCAGAGAGUGCUUAGAAGGUGUAGAGACUGGAGGGUGUGUGUGUGUGUGUGUGUGUCCACGAUUGUGAAGGUGCUGAACUACUCAGCUGUGGAGCUGAGGCUUGAGGGAGGGACAGUGGGAACGGUUUCAUGCAAGUUAUUAGAGAUUGGAUAGAGCUGUUGGAGUAGAAAUUCGGGAUGCCGAGUGGCAACUUCCUUUCCGGAUGUAGGCUGAACAGUGAGAUUAAUCUGUUUAAAUGGUGUAAUGGAUUCUCUUCUCUGUCCCCUCCUCCUUUUUAUUUUUUGCUCUUACAUAUUUUUGUACUCUUAAUUUAUUCUUCCCCUGUCACGAUGUUGAAACAUCGACCCAGACGUACUCGAGCUUCAGUUUUUUCCCCUCUCCUAAAAAUAAUUUCACUGCUUUCUCUCUCUUUUCCUCCUCUUUCUCUGUAUAGCUUUCAGCUUCCUUUGCUGUUCACUGAUGCCUUCCCGAAGAUGUAUGGGUAAACCGAGGCACGAGCAUGGGCUUCUCCCCCUCCUCUCUGAUUACUAGCCGCUAAACAGACUUGGCUUUCUUAAGUUUCGUGUGUGCAUGUGUGGUGUGGAACCGAGCCUUUACUUAGGAGUGGUGAACCUUUGGCCUGCUGGACAUUGUUGGACUCCAUCAGCCCUUGCAGGCAUAGCUGAGUGAUCAAGGGCAAUGGGAAUUGUAGUUCACUGACAUCUGAAGGGCCAAAGUUCCCCCCGUUUGCCUAAGGUUACUGGAUUGAUGGUGUUAUUGCCUUAUGUCAGAACUGCUCUCUAAUUGAACUGACCUCCUUCCACUCCCCAGUUUUUAAAAGUCCUUAUCUUUAGGUUAGAGCAGGUGGUCCUAGAGCUCUGCACUGGAACUCUUUGUGGCAAUAAUAUUUAAGUGCUCAGAGCACAGAAGUUUAUUACACCAACCCUGAAAGGCAUUCUGAUAUUAACCUGUCCAUUUUACAUGAGACUUCCAGGUAUUGGUCGCCUAGAAGCUGCCAUAGGUCUUACCUUUGUCUGCAUUAUUGUAUCUUUCCCAAGGAUUGGGAGCACUUGUGGGGCUCUGCAGAUGUUGCUGGACUACAACUCCCCAUCACCCUCUCUGACUACUGGUCAUGCUGGCUGCUGGGAGUUGGAAUCCCACAGUUUUUGGAGGACCGCAUGCUCUCCCCCAUCUGUGAUCCAACAAUAGCUUGCAGAGGCUCUCUCAAGUCUCUUAAAUAAGUCUUCCACUGCUCCCUGGGGUUUCUUAGAGAUUCUGGAAGGUUUACAGAGAGCCCAGAGCCAAUGACCUCUUCCAGAUCCUGUCUGGCCGCCGGCCGCAGGGACCCCGUCUUUGAUUUAGGUCAAUGGUUUUCACCCUCUCAUCGUACCUAUGCAGUAUUUAAUGUCUGCCUCAAGAGUCCUCUUUUGAUGUCUGAACAUUUGUGGCAUUCAUUCUAUAUUUGGAGGAGAGGGCGACAUAUUUGUCAGCCUUUGGGCCAAAUGCCCCUCGUGGGCAGGGCCAGAGGCAAGAGUGGGCAGAGCAAAUUCCUACACACCCUGGCAGGCCCUUUUCUGCCUUCCAUCCAGUCAAGUCAAGGGCAGGUUCCAGCCAGGUAGGGAGCAAGGUUGGUGAGAGGGUGUGGCCUGAAGAGAGGAGGUGUGGCUAGGGAGGAGGUGUGGCCUGAGGAGAGGCCUGGUGGGUUGCAUUUGGCCCCUAGGUCUGGGGUCCCCCACCCCUGUUCAAAAUACAGUUCAUUUUUAUUUAUUUUUAAUGUGUGAGUAAGAGAAGGUGGUUUGUUCUGUUCUGCCUCCGUCCUCUUAACAAAGCGGCAAUUCUGCAGCUCCUUGAUGCACAGACUUGGUGUGAAGUGCAAGAUCAAGGAUGCCAGUGCCGGUGACACAUCUUCUCCAAAUAGCUUUCGCAACCUCGCUGCAUGUUUGUUUGAAGCAGCCACCCUCCUCCUCCUCUGCUUGAGCAACACUCCUCCAUGCUUUUAAGCACUAGAGCUCUAAGCCUGCUGGUAUCGGCUGAUGUCCAUGCUUUUCAUUUCUGUCAAGCUUGCUGGAUUAUUACACAACUCUCCUUGCCAUGGCUAGUGUCCUCACAGCCUCUGGCAAGCAUAAGCAGCUCUCGCUUUUCAGCCUGGGAGCCAGAAGGUGGCCGUGCGUCGACCCUGCGGUUGUGCUGUGUUUCCAGAGGUGCUUGGAAUGAGGCUGUGGCAAGAGUCACCUCUUGCCUCCAGUUUUAGUGCUAGAGAAAAGAGCAAAGAGGUUGCUGUCCUUGCACUGAAUUUCAGAGAUGGAGUAUGAAGUUGGGGUCAAGACUCCCCACCUGCCUUGAGGAAGGCGUUUCAUUCUGGUCACCACAGUUUUCUUUUUUCACUACCAAGGAAAGGGGGAAUGUGUGAAACCUUGGCUGCAGGAGAGCCACUGUGGCUUGAAAGCUGAAUAACUGACAUGAGCAAGAAGCACAGGAGUUUGAAGGGGAAUCUAGUCCCAGCCCCUUGCAAUGCAGGAAUCUCAGCUAAAGCAUCCAUGACAGCUAAAACCUCCCAAGGCAGGAGAGUCUACCACCUCUUGUGGGAGUCUGUUCCACUGCUGAACAGCUCUUACUGUCAGAAGGUUCUUCCUGAUGUUUAGUCAGAAUCUCCUUUGACACCAUUGGUUCUGAUCCUACCCUCCGGAGCAGGAGAAAACAAGCUGGCUCCAUCUUCCAUGGGACAGCCUUUAAGAUAUUUGAAGAUGGCUCUCAUAUCUCCUCUCAGUCUCCUCUUUUCCAGGCUAAACAUACCCAACUACCUCAACUGUUCUUCAUAAGGCUUGGUUUCCAGACUUUUGGUCAUCUUGAUUGCCAUCCUCUGCACAAGUUCCAGUUUGUAAAUGUCAUCCUUAAAUUGUAGCGCUCAGAAUUGGACACAGUAUUCCAGGUGUGGCCUGACCAAGGCAGAAUAGUGUGGUACUACAGUGGUGCCUCGCAAGACGAAAUUAAUCCGUUCCGCGAGAGUCUUCGUCUAGCGGUUUUUUCGUCUUGCGAAGCAAGCCCAUUGACGGAUUAGCGCUAUUAGCGCUAUUAGCGGUUUAGCGGCUAUUAAAGGCUUAAAGGCUUAGGGGAUUAGCUGCUAAAAGGCUAUUAAAGGCUAUUAAAGGCUUAGCAGAUUAGAUAAAGGGGGGGGAAAGCGAAAAAAAAAUCUCUAGACUCGCAAGAUAUUUUCGUCUUGUGAAGCAAGCCCAUAGGGGAAUUCGUCCUGCGAAGCAACUUCAAAACGGAAAACCCUUUCGUCUAGCGGUUUUUCCGUCUUGCGAGGCAUUUGUCUUGCGGGGCACCACUGUAUUACUUCCCUUGAUCUGGACACUAUACUUCUGUUGAUGCAGCCUAGAAUAGCAUUAGCCUUUUUUGCUGCUGCAUCACAUUGUUGACUCAUGUUAAGCUUGUGGUCCACCAAGACCUCUAGAUCUUUUUCACAUGUGCUGCUAGUCAACCAGAUGUCCCCCAUCCUAUAUUUGUGCAUCUGGUUUUUCCUGCCUAAGUGGAGAACCUUAACAUUUGCCCCUGUUGAAAUUAAUUUUGUUUGUUUGGGUCCAGUUCUCCAAUCUGUUAAGGUCAUUUUGAAUUUUGAUCCUGUCUUCUGCGGCAUUAGCUGUCCCUCCCAGUCUGGUGUCAUCUGGAAGUUUGAUGAGCACCCUCUCAAUUCCUUCAUCCAAGUCAUUUAUAAAGAUGUUAAACAACAACAGGCCCAAGACAGAACCCUGCAGCACCCCACUUGCCACUUCUUUCCAAGAUGACAAGGAACCAUUAAUGAGUACUCGGUCAGUCAACCAGCUACAAAUCCCCUUGGAUCGUACCUUGGAUCUCAAAUUUUAAACCGUUCAAGAACCAAGGUGCUGCUUCUGAUUGGCUGUAGGAGCUUCCUGCACUCAGUCGGAAGUCACACCAGACGUUUGGUUUCCAAAAACCGGAACACUCGCUUCCGGUUUUCGAUCUUUCAGGAGCCGAAACAUACGGGUCCCAAGGCGUUCAGCAUCCAAGGUACGACUGUACUUAGUUCAACCCACAUUUUAUCAGCUUCCUCAUGAGAAUAUCAUGGGAGAUUUUGUCCCAUGAAACUAUGCCCACAGCAUUUCCCCGUUCCACUAAGUUUGUAAUUUCAUCAAAAAAAGAAAUCAGAUUGGUCUGGCAUGACUUAUUUUUGAGAAACCCAUGCUGGGUCUUAGUAAUCACAGCAUCCUUUUCUAAAUGCUCGCAGACAGACUGUUGAAUUAUCUGUUCUAGGACCUUCCCUGGUAUCAGUGUCAAGCUCACUGGUCGGUAGUUAUCUGGGUCUUCCUCCUCCCCCCCCCUUUUUGAAGAUGGGGACAACAUUUACCUGCCUCCAGUCUGUCGGGACCUCACCUGUUCUCCAAGAAUUCUCAAAGAUAAUAGACAAAGUUUCUGAAAUUACAUCCACAAGCUCCUUUAGUACCCUUGGAUGCAGCUUAUCAGGCCCUGAAGAUUUGAAUUCAUUUAAAGUAGCUAGGUGUUCCCUUACUACCUCUUUUCCUAUCUUGGGCUGCAGCUCCCUCCUUACAUAAUUUGUUCUGUUAUCACCAGGUUGGGCAUCGCUUUCCUUUUGGGUGAAGGCAGAGGCAGAUUAGGUGUUGAGUAGUUCCGCCUUUUCUUUGUCACCCAAUAGUAUUUCUCUCUGUUCCCCACGCAGAGGACCUACCACUUGCUUGUUCUUUCUCUUACUUCGGACAUAGCCGAAGAAACCUUUUUUUAUUCUUUUUAACCUCUCUUGCAAGCCUGAGCUCAUUCUGAGCUUUAGCCAGCCUGACUUUCCCCCCUGCAACUUUUGGCUACUUGUGUAUACUCCUCCUUUGCAAUUUCCCGUUUCUUCCGUUUCUUAUACAUGCCCUUCUUAACUGUCAGCUCAUCUGUGAGCUCCUUAUGCAGCCACACCGGUUUUCUUAGACGCCUCCCAUUUUUCUUUCCUGUUGGUAUUGUUUGCAUUUUGACCUUCAAUAUUACUGGUUUUAGAAACACCCAUCCUAAUUGGACUCCCUUCUCUUUGAGUAUUUCUGACCACGGGAUCACACCCAGUAACUUCUUCGGCUUUCUGAAAUUGGCCUUCUUAAAGCCCAGAGUGCAUGUCCGACUACACUUGGUUUUCCCUUGCCUCUGCAUCCUGAAACCCAGGAGAACAUGAUCACUUCCUUCCAGGUUUCCCAGCACUUCCACUUCAUCAGUCAGUUCCUCCCUAUUGGUGAGGACCAGGUCCAAGAUAGAUGGUCCCCUUGUUGGUUCUUCCACUUUCUGGGAAAUGAAAUUGGAGGAAUUUGUCAGACCUUGCAAUCUGGCAGAGUUUGAGUUCCAACAGAUAUCGAGGAAGUUGAAGUCCCCCAUGAUUAUUAUUUCUCUCCUUUGAGUGUUUGGUAAUCUUCAUAGUCGGUUAGAUUCUACUUAAACUAUUUCAGUUAAUAUUUGUGUGCUCCAGGCCUUGCCUACAUAUGGUGGGUGAGGCCAGAAGCACAAGAUCUUUCCUUUUUGGGGAAGACGUGAAUGGGAAGGGAAGGCUGAGCUACAUUGCUGCUCUGGGUUCGAAUGGGGGGGGGGAGCCUGCCUUCCACUUCUAUCUUCUUCCAUGUGGAGGGCCAGCAGGGCAGGUUCCCUGAGCUGUUAAGCACUUCUAGUGAGAUGACUGCCUUUAUAUUUAUCAUUAAACAAUUGUAUGCCACUCCUCCAAAUGCACCAACACAGUCAACAAGUUUGGACCAGGGGAGGGCAUCGUGAAACCAAACAUUAAUUUAAAAAAACCCACACAACAGAAGUAUAGCCACAGUACCUAGAUCAGUUUAAAUGCCUCAUGGAAAACAGAAGUCUGUUCUCCUCCUCCCAACCCCCAGUAAAAGUGACAUUUUUCAAACUUUGGGCAGAAGGCUCCAUAAAGGCCCUUCUCCGAACCCCAACAAUCCUUAGUUACCCCAAGGGUGCCAUAGGUAAAAGUGUUGGUUGAUUGGGCUGCCCUUCCAUUCUGCUUUGUGAAUACUAGUCACGCAACUGAGAUGUGCUGACUGUUGCUUGCCCAAAUAGAAAAUAAUUGGUUUUUUAAAAAAAGCCUUUUUCACCCCACUCCCUUUUGUAUACAUUCCUGGGCCUCUUAUUGUUAUUUUUCAUGGUUUAUGUUCUCCUGAAAUGAACUGAGUAGCCUCCCACAGAGUAGCUGGGUUUUUUGGAAACAUUUGGGCAACCAAGUCUUUUUCUUAGGAUCCCUCCUUCAUGAAUAAUCACUCUCUCCUCAUAAAUCCUUCUUUACUGGACCCGUUUAUUGUAUGAUUCUUGUUAAGCAAAGAGGAUAUUACUGCACUGUAUGAGAAUGGAGUAGUCCAAGUUGACAACAUGACUAAUAAUUUGUCAUGUAAAUAAAUUUUAGUCCUUCCUACUCUUAUGUUUCUGUGAUUCUAAGGCUUUGUAAAAAUUGCUGCUGCCAUUUUCCUUGUCCACUAGGGGGUGCCUUUUUAUUUUUUGCUUGAAAGUUCCUUAAUAUUUUUUCAACUCCCUGUACACCCUAAACUAAUGUCAUCCAGCAGUUUCAGAUUAUGACUCCCACUAGCCCAUCUGUGUUCACAGGCCACUGAAAGACCAGGAGCCUGGGGGAGGUGAAAGGGGAUCUUUUGCCCUCUGUGCCCUUCUUGAGGUCUUUUUUGAAGCCUUAUGACAUGGGAUACAGGACUAGAUGGGCCUUCAGUCUCAUCCAGCAGAGCUCUCCUUAUGCUCUCCAUGUCUCCUAGAGCCGAAAGAACUGUGCAUAUUCCAGAAGCAGGCAGCUAUUUGGAGUUUGAUUCUCGGGGAUGAACGGCGAGCUCCGAGAGGUCACCUGGGGAAGUUUCCCCUGCGCAUCCUUGAAGCCAAGAGGACCCACUUGGCUCAUUCAAGCUGCCGGGCUGCUUCCAGGCAGCAGUGAGCAAGCUGGACUCUUAGGAGCGCCCUUCUCCUGAACCCUCGACAGAUUGUCUCCUUGCCGUUCAUGCCAGCCUCCCGCUUGCCGAAAUCCCGACACGCGUCUCUGCAUGACGGAGCAUGCUUGGCAACCCAGCAGGCUGAUGAUUCACCCUUUUUCUUGGGAGCACAGGAUGUGCGGGGAGGGAAGAGUGUUCAAGAGUGUGAUUGAACCUCUGAGCGCAUAUACCGGAACCUGUCUCAGGCCGCCUUCCAAGGAGAGAGUGCUGGCAGCAAGCUGAAUGCAGCUGCGUUCAUUGACUGCCCAUGACCACGGUGGGCGGGCCCAACCAGUAUAAUUGGCGGCUACUGAGUGGUAGGGUAAAAGUUAUGCAGGUCUUAUGGGUGGUGGCUGUGAGAAUGCAGGGCAAGGCCUGGCGAAGUCACGUUGAGUCGAGUUAGGAGCUGUGAGGCAGGUGUGUGAGAAGUGCAGCGUGUUUUCCACCCUAAAACCCAUUGGCUGUCUGCACAGAGAAAAGCUACGUUCUGUGACUUGCAUAAUUUAUGCAAACUAAGUUUGCGCAUGAGAGAUAUACAUAUAUUUAUCUCCUACGUUGCAUCAUUCAAAAAGAAAAAAAUAAUAAUUCUAAACAUGGGCUAUAGAAAGCCUACUCAGCCACCUAUAUUGCUGAUUUUCAGCCGGGCAGUGUUCCUGCAUGUGUUGAAGCAUAUCUUUGUAACGAUGAGGUCUAGGAACGUGCUUUAAAAAGCCCCAACAGUUUCUUAGGAACUGAAGUCUGUGCUUAUAUGCCACAGGCUUUCUGCAUUCGUGUGGGAUUUCAGAGCAUGCUACACAGCUGCCUCAUUCCACAUGUGUAUUGUGAAAACACUGGGAAAGGUGGGCAGAAACUAUGAUUUUGAGCCUGACCCCUGAGAAAGCCCUUUCUCCACUUUCCUACCCCCAAAAUCCAUCUUGAGGAAGAAAGGGGUCCUACUCCUAGGGAAGUCAACAUCUUACAGCAUUGGGUACCCUGGCAUUUUAUAUUAUUUAUUUGCAUGUGUUGGAAAGCUAUUAACCUACUCCUGUGGGCAACAAAUGAUCAUUUUAGUCAUCAAAGGACCUACGAUGCAAAUCAGAGAAUAUAAUAAAUACAGUAUCAAGUCAGGUAGAAAUUCGGGCUGAUCUGCCUGAGACUGCCUGUUUAAUAUUUGAUGGUACCUGCGCUCUCUCCCCCCUCCCCCCCCGCCCCCGGCCACCGCUGGUGUGUUCCACCCAGGACUACCUUAGGUCAGGGGUGGCUAACUGGCAGCCAUGAUACCUGUCCUCUGGUAGGGCUGCCAUCAAUGUUGUUUUCAUGUUGCAAAAAACAGAGACUCUGGAAUGCUACAUUCUCUUCUGGAUAGUGUCGUACAUCUUUCUGUGCCUGAGGACGUGUGCUCCAUAAUUGCAAAGCCCUUAUGAAGCAGACUGCUCUCUCCUCCUCACCUCACCCAUUCCCUAAAGCAGGGGUGGCUAACCAGCUGUCCUCCAGAUUUCAUUGUAGUACAGCUCCCAGCACCGUCCCUCCCUGUUGGUCGGCUGAGAAAGAUCUGAAAUAUUUCCUUGAAGCGUGAAUUUGUUUUAUUCUGAAUUGAUGUUUUCAUGUGUUGUUUGUUUAUUAAAUUUAUAUACCGCCCUUCCUCAAAAGAUGUCAGGGCAGUUCACGGAAUACAAGAUAAAACACAAGUAGAUAAUUAAACCAAAACACCAAAACCAUAAUCCCACCCCCUUCCCAAAGUCACAUUUAAAAGGCUGUAGAAUCUGAAUCACCCCAAGCCCCUGGUUGAAGAGGGACGUUUUUGCCGGGGGCCUAAAAAUAAAUAAACAAGGUGCUAGGCGAACCUCCCUGGGGAGGGCAUUCCUCAGACAGGGAGCCACUACAAAAAAGGCCCCUUCUCGUUUUGCCGCUCUCCAGUCCUCACGAGGAGGCACACGAAGAAGGGCCUCGGGUGAGCAGCGCAGGGUCUGGGAUGGUUUAUAUGUAAAGCACUUUGAGAUUUGUUCUUUAAAAUAUAAAUUAAUAUAGAAACCACCAUCAUCAUAAUAGUAAUAAAAAUAAAAUAAUUUAUUAUUAUUAUUUCCGGGAUGGGAAUGGUGCCUAGACAGUCCAUUGUGGCAACCGCAACCCAUGUUUAAGGUGCCAUUAGGUGAUUAGCUUAUAUAUCUGAGUUUCUGUCACUGAGCUUGCCGAGCCUGGGCCAGAUGGAUUCGCAGUGAGCUGGGUUGUGUGUUCUGUGUGUGGAAAAGCACUUAAGCUGUUGGCAUCUGGCUGAGUCAUAUCUCUGUUGUGCGUGUCCCUCAGUUUACACAAGAUUUGAGGAAUUUGAAGAAUCCGGUUGAGCCUGAGUCCGGUAUUGAUGCUCCUUGAUGCUUCGGGCAACAGAGUUAGACUGGGGUGACAUUGUGAUAAGCCAGUUGUUGACCUCACAACUACGUAUUGGCUAAAUAUAUUCUUUAGCUGUGAUUCCUGCAUUGCAGGGAGUUGGACUAGAUGGCCCUUGGGGUCCCUUCCAACGCUACAAUUCUGUACGUUUAUAGUUACAGUGCUGUUCUCCCUGGGCAUUUCUAUUUCCAUAUUUCAUUCCUAUCCUGCCUGCUCUCCAUGGAGCCCAGGGUGCCAUUUUCUUUCUCACCCCCCUCCCAAAAGACCCCAUUGUUGCAAUAUCCCUGUGAUGGAAGAGGGAAAUAACUGAGGGAGCCAGUGUGGUGUAAUUGUUAGUGUCGGACUAGGAGCAGGGACACCAGGGAUUGAAUCCCCAGCUCACUCAUUCUCAGAUCUAAUCUACCUCACAGGGUUGUUGUGGAGACGGAUGAGGAGGGGGAGAAGCAGGUAAACCACCAAAGAUGCAUGGAGAAAAAGUUGAGAUAUACACGGAAUAAGUAAGCUAGCUGACAGAUUUGUGGCGCAUUAGGCCAUCAAUGGCUACUAGCUGUGAUGGCUGUAUGCCAUCUCUGGGAUCCUCAGCAGCGUGCCCCUGAGUUUCAGUUUCUGAAAAUGGCCAGCAGGGAAGAGGUGCUGCUGAGCUUAGAUCCUGCUUGUGGACUUCUCAUAGAGCAGAACAGGGUGCUGGGCUAGAUCCCCCCCCCCCCCGUGGCCUGAUCCAGUUGCAGCGUUCUCCACCUGGCAAGGUUUAUGGCUGGGCAGGGUUUUCCUUGAGCAGCUAGGAAAAUUGUUUCAUAGCAGAGCUCCUCACGUCUUCCUUUUCUUUCUUCCAGGGACACCCGGGACAGCAACACUUAAAAAAACGCUUGAGGUAAGUUGCGAUUUGGGGUGGGGUGGGGGAGGACAACGCAAGAAGCAAAACAACUGCGUUCAAAGGAUUGCAGGUGUGGGUUCUGAAAGCUCCGCGUUCUUGGAAUCAGUUUGCUAACCAUCAGUUUUCUAUAUGGGUGCCGUGUGCAGGAGAGGAAUGUUCGGUGCACAGAAUAUCUUGCCCCAAAUAAGCAGGCAUUUUAGGCCAAGGAUUCCGAAUAUUGACUUGAUUUGAUGUAUUCGUGUAUCACUAUAUAAAUACAGAGUGGGAGCCCAGUCUUUGCCCUUAGGGAUAUAUUUGCGUGCAUUUUCCUGGGGAAAGAUACAGUUGCCCGAGUUCCAGGUGGGUAGCUGUCUUGGUCCGCCGUAGUCGAAACAAAAUAAAAAAAUUCCUUCCAGUAGCACCUUAGAGACCAACUAAGUUUUUUAUUGGUAUGAGCUUUCGUGUGCAUGCAACCCAUCCGUGCCCUCUUCCUGACAGGUUGGGGCUCCCUCCUGCUUUAUAACAGCUCUCCAGAGCAGAAAAACAUCAGAUGCUGAGUGCACACCUUUCACAUCAGACUUGUCUCCUCUCCCCUCUGUGUCUCCUUGCUCUUGCAGCUAAACACAUCCCUGCCUAUGACCUCCACUGUUUCAGCUCCACCCCCCACAGCUGUCCGAAGGCCCCCUGCUCCCUCAGUUUAUUCAUCAUGCUGCCCCAUUACCCCUAGAAAUGCCUCCCAGAACACUUGGGUGCUGCUGUGUAUUCCCCCCCAAAAAAACCUCACAUUUUCUUGAAAUUCUUGCACAGUCCCUAGUCUCCAUGUCCUCUUGCAACUCAAGUACUAAAUAGGUAUAAUUGUGUUUUUGCUAUCUCACUCCAUUUAUCCCUCCCCCGUGUGGAAUUUUUAGAUUCUACCUGCUCCUGUUCUGAAAAAAAAAGCACAUUCCUCUCUUGUUUACCCCACCUUAAUUUUCCUCUCUUUUCUCUUCUGUAUCUGUUGUUGCUGUUGUUAUUACAGUUUAUAUUCUGCACUCCCUCCCGAAGUAGAGAGUGGUGAACACAUUAUUAUACGUUUUAAAAUAUCAUAAAAGUUAUAAAAAGUUAUAAAAACAGUGAUCUCAGGGUUGUCGGCAACAAUAUCUCUUCAAGCAUCAAAUGUUAAAAACAUUAGCAUGAAUGAUUUUCAAUUCCUCCUAAAAGUCAGUAAUGAGGGAGACGGGGACACUUCAUCAGGGCGGGCAUUCGAAAGCGGGGAACCACCGCUGAGAAGCCCAGUCAUGGGUCAGUGCUAGCCAGGCAGUCUCCAGUGGCUGUACCACCAUUAAUAAAUUGGAAGGGGAAUAAGAGGAAAAAGGACUCCUGCCAAUAAAGGAUCUGUAGGGUACAAUCAGUGUCUGGAUUGUAAGCCAGCUGGGGCAGGGAUCUGUCCUCUCUUUCUGUUCUAAAGCCCCAUCGCUUUAUAACGUGUAUGGAUGCCUCUAGAACAGAUGCUAGAACUGCCCCCUCCCCAAAUCAUAGAAUUGUAGAGUUGGAAGGGACCACAAGGAUCAUCUAGUCCAACCCCCUGCAGUGCAGGACUCUCUUGCCCAAUGUGGGACUCGUACCCACAGCCCUGAGAUUAAGAGUCUCAUGCUCCUCCAACUGAGCUAUCCCACGUGUGCCAAGUCCCUUCUCUCUUUUCCUCUGCUUAUGCCAUGGGUCGGCAACUAGCAAACCUGUGGGCCAAAUCAAGCCCCCUGAAGUUUUAUCAUCCGUUGUCAGCCAGGGAUGGUGAGUCUUGAAACAUACAGGAUGAUACUUAAAAUCUCACUGAAGCCUGUAUUUCACCUCCCCCCUUCUCUUUUCUUCUUUGCUUCCGAUUCCAGUUGCCAGGUGCCUCUGGGCACUCCUCACAGACAAUCAAGAAAGGCCACAGGGGUGUGGACUCCACCGGCGAAACCACGUACAAGAAGGUAAGUGCUCUUUCCCACCUCUCUGUGUCUCCGUCUCCCUCUCUCUUCCCUGGAGUGUGUUUGCGUGUGCAUGUCCCUCCCUCCCCCUCCGCCCCUCCUCCCUCAGCAGAUUCCGCCCAGCAGCCUCCAGCACCUGAGUCACCCGGCUGAGCAUAAAAGGCUGGAGCAAUCCAGGUAAACGUCAAAACUUUGCAAGCAGCGCUUGAUGGUCACAUGUCGGGAGAUCCCAGGGGCUCAAAGGCCGAACCGUCCCACUGCGGCGUCACUGUCCCAGCACAGAGAUUUCUCUUAAGCCUUUGGAAAGAAGGUCCCCGACUUUCCCUCCCACCCCCCUGCCCCCAUUUCAGGAGUUUCUCAAUUCCUCCUUGCUGUCGGGAGACAGCACUGGCCAGCCAGCCAGGGAUUUCUUUCUCCUUUUUGAACCAAACUAUGGUGGACGCGUAUCUCUCUUGCCGGCAUGCGGGCUGAACGUGGGACUCUUCGGGACCCAACGUAGUUUGACGUUGAACAGCUAUGCUCCAGCUCGCUCUGACCCAGAGCCAAUUCCCUGCACCUGGAUGAAAUGGAGGUUGACACGAUCAGUCCGUUCCGACGCCUGUCUUUUUCUGUAAGUUGCGGCCUUCUGGGUGGGGAUUGCCGAUCUCUUCUGGAAUUCAAAACAUGUGCAAAAGACUGUGGCGACAGGGAAGGGAGGAACUCGUGAAUUGUAGUAGAGAGGAGAUACUCCUGGCAUUUGGGAAGAGUCAUCGCUAGUGCUCCCAACAUGGAUGAGCUGGAGAGGCCGUUCUUAAUUCCCUCAUAAUUUCAGAGUACUUCCUCCUGACAUUUACUCGGAGGCUCUUGACUUCUGGCACUGAAGAUCAGGCUGCAAAUAUUUAUGUUCCUUUUUUCAUUUGUGUGCUCUGGAAUCUCACCAGGGCAGCUGUGCUCGAGAGAGAGAUCCACUUCCUGUUUCCUUUUGAUCUGUUGUUUUGCGCGUUUACCGGCACCCUCCUUCCCCCAAGGCGGUGGGGGUUGGCUUCUUCUUGUGUGGCGUUUGCUCUUCUAGCUCUCCAGUGGCACGCAAAUAUUGCAACCCCACAUGCCUGUUUGUAAAUCAAGGUAGGCACUGAAACUUGUAACCAAGAGCGGACGGCCUUUGGUGUGGAUUUUUUCCCCUUCCGUCCUGCCACAUAUGACCCAUCUCCCUAGCUCAGCCUCCUAGUAUCAGUCUGUUUAUUGGACAGGCAUGGGCAAUCAGAGUUCUGUGACACAGGCUGUGCCUGUUGCUCAGUUCUGCUUUGCAAAGUGCUUGAUAGUACAGGGCGGUUUUAUGCUCAGAGUCUUCCAGCACCUCACAAGUCACUGCUAGUUCUGUUUCUUAGCCCAAAGGUACCUAGCGUGGUGCUGUCUGGAUGCUGUGGUUUCAGACCACAACUGCCAUCAUCCCUGACCAUUGAUCACGCUGGCUGGGGCUCAGGGUAGCUGGGAGUCCCAACCUCAUUUGGAGGGCCCCAUGCUGGCUACCCACGUCCAAGCCUUUACAUAUAUUGGCUCAGGGAUCCUUGAUGACAACCCUCUAGAGUGGGUCCAGUUUGCUUUCCCUGUGUUUCAGAUUUAGAGAGGCUGAAGUGGAGAGAGUAGGGUUUUAGCUGAGGGUGUCCAUGGCUGUGGAAAGGGCUGUAGCUCAGUGGGUGGAGCAUCUGCUUUGCAUGCAGAAGGUCCUAGCUUAGCAUCUCCAGGCAGGGCUGGGAAAGACACCCUGCCUGAAACCAGAGUUGCUGCUAGUCAGUGCUGACAUUACUGAGCAAGAUGGACAAGGGACUUGAUAUAAGGCAAAUUCCUACUACAGUGGUACCUCGGGUUAAGUACUUAAUUCGUUCCGGAGGUCCGUUCUUAACCUGAAACUGUUCUUAACCUGAAGCACCACUUUAGCUAAUGGGGCCUCCUGCUGUCGCUGCACCGCUGGAGCACGAUUUCUGUUCUCAUCCUGAAGCAAAGUUCUUAACCUGAGGUACUAUUUCUGGGUUAGCGGAGUCUGUAACCUGAAACGUAUGUAACCUGAAACGUAUGUAACCCGAGGUACCACUGUAAAACUAUUGUAGUCCUUUGUUCAGAACCAUGAGGACUAGGAUCUUCUUUUUAGGUGGAGCAUCUGCAGAAGGUCCCAGGUUCAGUCCCCGGUGGCAUUUGCAGGCAGGGCUGCGGAAGACUCCAUUUCCUGCAACCCUGGAGAGUUGCUUCCUAUCAGCGGAGACAGUACUGAGCUAAAUGGACCAAGGGCCCUACUCAGUAUAAGGCAGCUUCUUAUGUUCCUAUUUAACCUCUUUAUUUUUAUGUAUAUCUCACCAUCUACGUGCAUGGAACUUUUCCACACUGUACAGAUAAACAGUCCAUAAUCCAGUGGUAUGCCAUUAUUCCAGCUGCAUGUGCUUGCAUUUGGCUAAAGUGGAUUGUGGGGGUUAAGAGGUUGCGGCAGAGGCUUUGCAGAAAUGGUGGGCUUUGAGGAGGGGACUGAAGGUAGCGUCGCACAGGUACUUCUAAAGGCAGUUUCAUACACUUUUGAACUAGCUGGGAGAGGACUUCUGACUCUGCACAGUUAGGCACAAUCUCAGCUUGACACCCUUCCUCUGAUCCAUAAGAAACGCAAGCAGUUCCCUCUCUGGCGUUAGAGUUAGAAACUGGGUGGUGGUGGCUGUUUUAAAAAGCCUUCAGGUUCUCGAGACUUGGGUUUCUGCAGCACACAGUGCUAGAUUCUAUUCUGGUGUGGUUCAGUAGCAAAGGCUACUGAGCUUCUUGUUAUCUUUUCUCCUCUCCCACCGUGCCCGCCUCCCCCCCAAAAAAUCCUCCAGCAAGGAACAGGACUGGUAAGCAGUCCUAACCUUACAAUUAUCCCUGUGUUGAUGAGUCUCCAAGGUGGAGCUGCCUCCACCUUGGAUCUUUAUCUCAGCAGAUUAAAGAGUGAAGCUGAAGCUUUUUUGUCUGACAUUGGAGACGAACGAUGGCUGUCGAAGGCAGGUCACAGGGUUUCCUUUCAUCCUGGGGUUGGGACAGGCGGAAAAACCCCAGCACCAAUUUGGCUGCGAUCUUCGAAAUCUGAUCUUGGCUCUUAGGGAGUUUGCAUUGGGAUGGGAAGGCGGAAAGGAACAAGGAGCAGGGGAUUUCCCCGCGAGCAGCUUGUACUGUUGCUAGGAGCCCUGCAAGGAAACUCACACUCUCAAGAACCGUUUGGCACCAGCCUUGCCAAUGGGCCCACUUUCCUGGUCUCCUGUGGCGAGCAGGAAUCUCCCCUAAGCACCCAGCCUGGAAAACCUCCCCCUCGUUUUCAUUUUCUUUUAAGGUGACAAAUGUCUAACCUGGGUAAAGUAGGAGUUUGAAAAGGUUUCCAGCCAAGGCAAGAAGUUUUGCCUCCUUCCAACCCCACCUCAACCAGCACCACUUUUUCCUUGAGUGUUGUCUUGUAGCGACGCCUGAUGAUAUCAUGGACCAGUACUUCGUUUGGGGGGCAAAUUGAGCUGCCCUGAUAGGCCCCACUCUCUGUGUAGCUGCUCUGUCUGGGGAAGUGAAACCCCCACCAGAGCAGGAUGAACCUAUUUUCCCAGACCCAGGAACUACCCACAGUUCCUCUGUCUUGUAAAGAGUCAGUUUUGGUUUUUCAGCCUUCCUUCAGCUGCUGCAGAGUCCAAAAAUGCAUGUCUGCAGGCACAAUCAGAUAUUAUGUUCUGCCUCCACUGUCAGGUUGCAGGAGGCCUCUAAAUGGCAGCUGCUGGGAAUUGCAAGUGGGGGGAAUGCAAGUUCUUUUGCUGCUUUGGGGGCAUCUGCUUGGCUCCUGUGAGAUCAGGAGGCUGAACUAGACAAGCCUUCACCCUGAUCCAGUAGGGCUCUUCUGAGCCCUACGCAAGGCAUAGCGAAACAGGGGAAUUCACUCCCACGUGUAUGGCUGCCAAGUUGGAUGGCUUCAGAAGGUGUUUAGAAGGUUCUGAGUGGCUACUAGCUGGCAUGGCUAUGUUCUGCUUCUGCUCAGAGGCAGCAAUAUGCCUCUGAAUGCCUGUUGCUGGGAACCACAAGAGGAGACAGCUGCUGUUGCGCUCGGGAACAGCUUACUGACUUUCCAUCGGGGCAUCUGGUUGGCCACUUCAAUAACCGGCUGCUGCACCGGGUGGGCUCCCUUUGGCCCGAUUCAACUUCUUGGGUUCUUACGCAUUCGUGAAGGAUAGCAAACUCUUGCCAUCACCCCCAAUAGCUAAGUGAAACCUCCGUGUGCAAAGGAAGUCUACCAAGGCUGGAUUCUAAGGGCAAAAGGGAGGUGAUUUUUCUCCUUUGUGGCUGGCUUGUGUGUUUCCCAGAGGUGCACAGCCUGGCUGGUGUUAGAAAUUGCUGAACGAGACGGAACUUGAAUCCAGUGAGGCCGUUGUCGGGGUGCGUCCUUCCAUCACAUUCUCAGACAGGCCUGAUAGAAAACAAUGAAUAAUAUUGGGCACCGCGCAGCAGGCUUGCCUGGGCGCACCCAUUCCCCCAGACAAGCAUGCGUUUUGAAUAGAGCUGGUGCUUCGUUUUUCUCCUCGGUCCUGCAACAUACACAGAUUUAUCUUGUUUCUCCCUUUUGUGAAUUCCUCUGUUUCACAGCAUUCAAAACUGGCUGUUGAUUUGUGGUGUUCCACCAUUUGCCUCUCCUGUCCCCAUGAACAUUCUGCAUGCCUCUAACUUAAGUCAGGCAUGGGGAGGAACGUUUGGCCCCCGGAUGUUGCUGAACUACAACUCCCAUCAUGAUCCCCCACCACUGACCCUACUCGCUUAGACUGAUGGGAGCUGCAGUUAAGCAACACACUGACUUAAGGGUUGUUCUUGGUUACAGUCCAUAGUCAGUGAGGGGCGAGUUUAUCUAUGAGCCUUGAUUCAGACAAACUUCACCCCAAGGAAGAUAAUCUGAAGUCUGCUUAGUCUCUCCCAUAUUCUGUCUUAAAUCUCUCAUCAACGACAAGCUUUGGGACUGUUCAGCAUUUUCUUUCUAUCCCGUCUCCCGCCUUUUGCUUAACGUUAUGCCUGAAGAAGAAUUUUGACAGCUCGAAAGCUUGCUCACAAUUGUUAGUCUGUCCAAAUAAAGAGGUGUCACCUUAUUGUUCCUUUGGCAGCUGCCUAUAUCUUUCCUAGCAAAUUGGUAGCCCUGGCCAAGAGCUGUCGAUUACCUUCUCAAGGGCCUUUUCUUCCACUCCCUGCCCCCUUUUCAUCUUGCCUCCUUGUUGAUAUGUUUUUAUGUGUGUAAGCCUAAUGCCAGGACACCACCACCCUCUUCUUCUCUUGUUAAAUAUUUGUGAGCCACAGUUGGAGGCGAUAAUUGUCCAAAAAGCCAGAUAAAAGUAUAGUACGUAAUCGCUUCUUGCAGACGGAGACGCCUGGAGCCAUUUGGAAGAUAAGCGGUGAUCUGAUCUGGGCCUGGCAGUAGCAGAUAUAUAUUUACCUGGAUUUUGUCUUCAAUGCAGCAGCUUUUAUGUUUUUUGUGGGGGGACGGGCCGGGGACGGUUUGCGUCAUGAGGUUCCAGCAGAGUUCCCAAGGCAGAUUUAUUUUAUUUUAUAUCUAAAGGAUGUGUAUAUUGCUUUUUCUUUUAAGGAAAGCCAAAACGCAGCCAUAAAAUCUCAAUUAAAAUACCAGAAUGAGCACCUUGAACUUGGCUUAGUAGCUAACUGGCAGCCAGCGCAGUUCUUUUCAGCACCAGUGUUCUGCAUGCAUUCUAAGAAGCUCCGCUGAGCAAAAGCCCAUUGCCAUGUUCUGCACCGGCUGGGCUUCUUUCAUUAUUUUGCAGACUAAACUGCCUAUUUAAAAAUGCAACAGAAAGUCUUGUGGAACCUUUCUCGAAAGGCUGAUGGAUUUAUCGCAGCAGAAGCUUCUGCAGGCUGUAGUUGAACUAUGAAAUUCACUCCCACAGGAGGAAGUGAUCGCUUACAGCAGAUGCUUUAAAAGAGGAUUAGACAAAUUCAUGGAGGAGGAGAGGGCUAUUGAAGGCUGCUAGCUGGGAUGGCUAUGCUCUUGAAAGACCUACAUUGGCUCCCAGUACGUUUCCGAGCACAAUUCAAAGUGUUGGUGCCGACCUUUUAAGCCCCAAACGGCCUCGGCCCAGUAUACCUGAAGGAGCGUCUCCACCCCCGUCGUUCAGCCCGGACACUGAGUUCCAUUGCCGAGGGCCUUCUGGCGGUUCCCUCCCUGCGAGAAGCCAAGUUACAGGGAACCAGGCAGAGGGCCUUCUCAGUAGUGGCACCUGUCCUGUGGAACGCCCUCCCAUCAGAUGUCAAAGAGAAGAACAACUACCAGACUUUUAGAAGACAUCUGAAGGCAGCCCUGUUUAAGGAAGCUUUUAAUGUUUGACAGACUAUAGUAUUAUAAUAUUUUGUUGGAAGCUGCCCGGAGUGGCUGGGUAUAAAUAAAUUAUUAUUAUUAUUAUUAUUAUUAUUAUUAUUAUUAUUCACAGUUGGAGUCAGCAAUGCUUCUGAAUACCAGUUGCUGGAAAACACAGCAGGGGAGAGGGCUCUUGUGCUCAAAUGCUCCUCAUGGGUUUCCCACAGGUCUGGUUGACCACUGAGAGAACAGGAUGCUGGACUAGAUGAGCCAUUGGCCUGAUCCAGCAGGCUUUUAUGUUUGUACCUUAUCAGACACAGGUGUUUUCUUCAGUUGGUAGGUAGCUUAAACAUCAGUGUAGAUGGGGAAGGAGAGAUGGCAAAUUGGUGGGUCACUUGGCCCUGAAAUGUAAGCAGCACAGCUUGUGAUAAUUCACUAAAUGCACCUUCACAAUACUUGGUAAGGGUAGGGUAGCUCCAAUGCAGCCUUUCCCAAGCUGGAGCCCUCCAGAUGUUUUGGACUGUAGCUGGCACAGCCACAUCUUGUGGUCAACUCUAGUUCUUCAGUGUUGUGUGAAGUUCUCAUAGGAAUAAGACCGCUGAAUCAGGCCAGCGGCCCAUCUAGUCCAGCAUCCUGUUCUCACGGUGGCCAAUCAGAUUCCUUUAGGAAACCUUCAAGCAAGACCUGAGCCCAAGAGCAACUCUCUCUCCUGCAGUUUCCAGCAGUGGAUAUUCAGAAGCAUUAGUGCCUCUGACCAUGAAGGCCGAGCAGAGGUAUCCUGGCUAGUAGCCAUGGGUAGUCAUGUCCUCCCUAAAUUUGUCCAUUCUUCUUUUAAAACCAUCCCAAGUUGGUGGCCAUCCCUGCUUCCUGUGGGAGCGACUUCCACAGUUGAACUAUCGUUUUUUAAAAUCGUUUUUAUUUGAUUUUACAAGUACUGUACUUAACCCGAGGUACCACUGUACCAAAUACAUUUCCUUAUAAAGAGAUUUCUCUGAAUCUCAAGACUUCCUCCCCACCCCCUCCAUGGGUCCUGUUGUCAACAUUUUCAACUGCAUGUUAUUUCAUAAUCUAUAUUUUAUAUCUACCCAUAUUGUCCAUAGUGUUUGUUGCAUUACAAGUGAGAUUAAAAUCCGACUGAUGUUUUCAUCUGCGUGCAGUGCUCUCCUAAAUAAAUUAUAAACUUUUCCCAUUCUUGAAGUUUUUGUCCUCUUGGUCCCUGAGCUUUUCCAGUCAGUUUUGCCAUUUCUGCGUAGUCUUAACAGCUUGGCUUGCCAUUUCUCUCUGGUAGGGACUCUUUCUUCUUUCCAUCUCUGGGCUAGUGGCAUCUCUACUUCUGUUGUCACGUACAUAAAGAGUCUUUUCUGUUCCUUUCGGAUAUCGGUACCUAUAAUUCCUAAUAAAAAGGCUUCUAGGUUUUUUACAAAAGUUAUUUUAAACAUUUAUUUUCAGUUCAUUAUAUAUCAUUUCCCAGAAAUCCUUUAUUGCCUUACGUGACCACUACAUAUGAUAAAAGGUACCUUCUUUUUAACUAUCAACAGCCCUAUUGUCCACAAUUAUCCCUUUCCCAUUCUCCUACAGAGGAGUUUUCAACCUUAAAAAAAUAAAAUGCUUUAAUCAGCAGGGUUAGGGUAAAAUUUGGAGUUUCCAAAAGCGUGGUGGAAUGCUGACGUUCUUCGCUUGCGUCCAAAAGAACGUGCUUGGGGGUGUCCUGCGGAAUCCUACAUAGGAGACACUAAUGCCAGUUCUCUGUUUCCCCCUCCAGACAACUUCGUCGGCCCUCAAAGGUGCCAUCCAGCUUGGGAUCACCCACACGGUGGGGAGCCUAAGCACCAAGCCAGAGCGAGAUGUCCUCAUGCAAGACUUCUACGUAGUGGAGAGCAUCUUCUUCCCGGGGUAAGUGUUUUUACAUUUUCCAGUUGUCCCCAUCUUGAGUGCAGGCAGCAGGCGGGGCAUGGCAGAAGGGAGUCCAGCGACACUUUUUUAAAAUGGCAAAACCAAUAGAAAUAAAACAGGCACCAAGCUGUGAGCCCUGGAAGAGUCUGUGCUUCACACGCAGAAACUCUCAGCUUCAACCUCUGGCGUUUCCAUCUCAGGGAGCAGGUUCCAGGACACAUGUUGCUCUGCUCGAGACCCAGGAAACAGAGGAUGCUACCUAAUACUGAGUCAGACCACUGGCCGGACUAGCUUAGUAUUGGCCACACUGACUGGUAGCAGCUCUCCUGAGUAGCUGGCAGGUGACAUCCCCAGCCGUACGUGGAGAUGCCAGGGACUGAACUUGGGGAGCCACCAGUGAUCUUACCACUGACUUUCCUCUAAAAAUAAAGUAAUUCUAGUCCUCAUGGUUUGGGAUAAAGGAAUGUUUUAAACAGGAAGCUGGUUGAGUCAGGCCAUUGAUCCAUCUAACUCAGUGUAGUCUACACCGACUGGCAGCAACACUCCAGGGUUUCCCAGAGGGAUUCUCCCCCCACCCCCCACCCCAGCAGAUGCCAUGGAGAUUGAGGCAGGUACGCUACCACUCAGCCACAGCCCUUUCCAUAAAAUAUGCCGCUUACCUGAAAGUUGCUAGUCAGGGUAGGCAGUAUUGGACACAGUGGGCCAAUGGUCUGUCCCAGUAUAAGACCCCAGCUGACUAGGCAGCUCAGAAUUUGAGGCUGUGGACAAAACAUUAAGGCACAGGGGCCUUGAGCCUCCAAGGGAACUUGCAGCCAUCCAGAUGUUUUGGGCUUCCACCUCUCAUUAGUUUAUUUACAGCAUUUGAAUCUCACCCCAUUUCACAGCAUUUUCUGGGCUGCUUGCAACAAAUGCCUUUUAACAAAUCCAUUGGAACACAAUAUAAGAAACAAACCAUUUUUAAAAGGGGGGGAUUCAAAAAUACAACAGAAUAGAGCUACUUGCACUCCCAAUGUUAUAAACAGAGUUAAAGAAAAGGGGUCCCAGGCCCAGUGUGACCUAUAGUCAAAGAUGAUGGGCAUUGGAGUCCAGGAGUGUCUGGGGGGGGGAUGCAAGUUUCCCACCCCACUGGAAGAAGAAGAGCCCCAUUUUUGGAGGGUCGCCACUGUUUAUACUUUGUGGCACAUAGACACAGAGGCUAAGGGACACCGUUUCUCCAGAGCUCAGCAGUCUUCAGCAAAACUCUUGCAAGGAACCCUGAUGGCUUCCCUGGAAAGCUUACUAGCGGUUCCACAUAAAUGACAGACUGGUGUCCCUGCGGCACAUUCUUGGGGGCAUCUUUAGCUCACACAGGGGUGAAGGCAUGGCUCAGCGGGCCAGUGUGGGCCAACGAUGCUUCUUAGGGCCUUCCCAGAACCCUCUGCGCUGUGUACCAGUUUCAUAGCAGAGCCACAGAUACAGACUCAACUGAUACGGAAAGUGACCGUGCAGGUAGAAGGUUUGAGAACCAGACGCUUUUAGCAGAUGGUGGCGACUCAGAAAGAGUGCGGUGCUCAUUUGCCUCUGUCCUCUCAAUCUCCAGUGAAGGCAGCAACCUCACCCCGGCCCAUCACUACAACGAUUUCCGCUUCAAAACCUACGCUCCUGUCGCCUUCCGCUAUUUCCGUGAACUGUUUGGGAUCCGGCCGGAUGACUACCUGGUGAGUGGAGGCAGGUGCCCGAUAGUUUUUUAAGAAGACUUCCCCAUCUUCUCUCCAGACAGAGAUGAGUUGCGACGGGGUGGAGUGGGUAGAUUUCAGUCUGACUGCUGCACUUAAAAUGGGCAGAACAGAAGUUCCUCUGGUGGAAUGAUCCAGAUCAGUCUCUACACUUUGAGCGGCACUGAGCAGGAACAAGCAACUCCCUGAGCGUUGGGAGCUGGCUUGGAGAAAGAGCGCCACUGGGAUGUCUUUCGGUUGCUUUUCGUUAUUGUGGGGCUGUAACUCAGCCUUGCAUGUAAAAACUCUCAGGUUUUAACCCCUACCAUCUCCAGGUGGAGCUGGGGAUGCCCCUUGUCUGAAACUCUGGCAUUGUGUCCAGAGAGGCAAGGCUAGAAGCCUGUGAGAAUGUCCUCCUCCAUUUCUUCUGUUGCCUUCUCUCCCCGCAGUGCUCCCUUUGCAGUGAGCCCCUCAUCGAGCUCUCCAACUCCGGAGCCAGCGGCUCCAUCUUCUACGUCUCCAGCGACGACGAGUUCAUCAUCAAAACAGUUCAGCACAAAGAGGCAGAGUUCUUGCAGAAGCUGCUGCCGGGUUACUACAUGGUGAGUCAGCUGGGAGGGAGAGCCAGGCGACUUGGGAUGCGACAGAACAAUCCGAUGUUGUCUCCCUGGUUUUUUGUUUUUAAAGCCGCAUACGCUGAAUGAGAGGUUUUAUUAAAUAUAAUGAUGCUUAAACUACUCUUCAUUCUGGGAGGGGUGACUUUUUGGAGCUACCCAGCUCUGAACUUGUUAUUAUCUUUAUUUCCCUUUGACUUUGCAAUGAGAACUUUGGUUUUCCCCCCCUCCCUGACCCCGCUAUUGCAGAACUUGAACCAGAACCCCCGGACCCUCCUCCCCAAGUUCUACGGCCUCUACUGUGUGCAGGCUGGCGGCAAGAACAUCCGGAUUGUGGUGAUGAACAACCUGCUGCCCCGCUCGGUGCGCAUGCACCAGAAGUACGACCUGAAAGGCUCCACCUACAAGCGCCGGGCUUCCCAGAAGGAGCGGGAAAAGGUCUUCCCCACCUACAAGGACCUGGAUUUCAUGCAGGACAUUGCCGACGGCCUCUUCCUGGAUGCUGACAUGUACAGCGCCUUGUGCAAGACCCUGCAGAGAGACUGCUUGGUACGUGGGAGGAGGAAAGUUGUUUCCACCCAAGGCUCGGGGGUCACCAGGCAGCUUCUGCUCACACACUGAGUUGCGGCAGCUGGGGCCUCUGAGCAGGUGUGGAGCUUGCAAAUGUAAAGAGAGUACUGUGGAACCUCAGUUUUUGAGUAUCUCGGGAGCUGAACGAUUCAGAACCCGAACGCCGAAAACCCGGAAGUAAUUGCUUCCGUUUUUGAACAUGCCUUGGAAGUCGAAUGGCUUCCGCUGCAUGUUUUUCCAUUUUUUCAAUGGAUUUUGCUGGCCGCCCAUUGAUCCUCGGUUUUCAAAUGUUUCAGAAGUUGAACUGUCUUCCAAAAUGGAUUAUGUUCGAAAACUGUACUAAAAAAAUGGCUAGGAACAAACAACAUAGCACAGACUCCCCUUUGCUAGCUCAGGGGAAGGAAAUUUGAUGCUUGCUAAAUCAAGCUGGAUUCUAGCUCCCAUGGGGUGGGCCACAAGUUCCGCAUACCUCAAUCUAGUUAGAUCCUGGUUUUUAGAACAUACCGGCGGCAUUGUUACCUGUGUGCUUUUGAUACUUCAGGUUUUGCAGAGCUUCAAAAUCAUGGACUACAGCUUGCUCGUGGCAGUCCACAACCUCGACCUGGCUCAGCGGGAGCGCGCCGUGGCGGAUGGGGCGGCCGUGGCGGACACUCGGCGGCCAGCCCCCCAGAAGGCCCUGUACUCCACAGCGAUGGAGGCCAUCCAGGGGGAAGCCCGGCGAGGCGGCACCAUUGAAACAGAUGACCAGUAAGUCUCUGGCCGCUUUGGAACGGGGGUGCCCAGCCAACCAGGCGAGAAGCAAGAUCUGAGUCCCUGGUUUUGUUGCCUGCACUGAAUUAUGCAGAUGAAGGACAUCUGUGUAUUUAUCUUUGUGCAACAUUUCAUGCUGAUGGGAAAAGUGGGCUGUAGCUGUCCUAGAGAGCAGGUUGGAGCUCUAAAUUUCAUGGGGGCUUGUGGGGGUUGGCAGCACCUCAACAACUAUCCUUUGAAAUGGGGGCCCCAGAGAGUUCACCUGCCAGAGUCCUCACUUUUCCUCCUGCGUCUGUUAUCUCCAAGGAAGCUGCCCUAUGCCAGAUCAGUUACGUUUCAGAAGCAGGUCUCUGAAGCUAAAUUGCUCUGAAUUCAUGAGAGGUGCAUGCAAUCCUCAUAAGAUUUAGAUCCUUGGACUGAUAAUUCUAACCUAUAGGAGCCGGGGGGGGGCAGGCAGAUGCCCGGGGGAGAGGUGCUAACCUCUGUCCUCUGUGUUGUCUUGUGAAGUCCAGGCCCUGGAUCCCGUGAGCUGCUCCUUCCCCUCGGAGGCUCCUUAGAUCAGCCGUUAAACCAGCCCAACUCAGGGCAUUUCCAGCUGCUUUGGGGGUUUCCGGGACUCGUUCAUCUCAAAUGACUGGAGGGAGCAGCAGGUUUGGGGAAGACCGUGUGACAGCUGAGCAGCGGUUCCCUUGGCGUCAACCCUCACAAAGCCUUUUGUUCAAGAGCUUUCCAAAUGCCUCUCCCCCAAACUGUUGACCUGGCUGUUCUCAUGCUGCGAGCCAGUCCUUUCCCCGCUUUGUGUGUGGGCAUUUGGCCAAGGGGCAAGCCAGGCCUAACUGUUGCCAAUGGGCUCUGCGUGGGGCUGAACCACAGGGGGGGGAGCAGUGGGUGGAAAUGCCUUUUGGCUGGGCUGGGGCACCUUCUGAGACUGGACUCUUUUUUCUUUUUUUCUUGCACAGAAUGGGAGGGAUCCCGGCCCGGAACGCCAAGGGAGAGAGGCUGCUUCUCUACGUGGGGAUCAUCGACGUGCUGCAAUCUUACAGGUGAGGAGUCUCCAACUUCGUAUCGUGAUGGCUUUGCUCGGCUUCCACAGUUGCAGGCUUCUGAAUACCAGUUGCUGGAAACCCCAGGAAGUGAUUGUUGUGCUCGAAUACUCCUUGUGGGUUUCCCACAGGCAUCUGGUCGGCCAGUGUGAGAACAGGAUGCUGGACUAGAUGGGCCAUUGGCCUGAUCCAGCAGGUCUCUUCUUAUGUUCCUACCGCUUUGUCCAGCCAUUGCCAACCUGGGGCCCUCCAGAGGUUGCUGGACUACAUCUCCCAUCAUCCCUGACCAGCACAGAUGGCAAAAGCUAGAGGCCAGAUGCAGCCCUCUGGGCUUCUCUGCCCAGCCCUUAGGACUCGCCCACCAAAGGAACUCUUCCCCUUGAGAACUGUGAUUGUGCCUCUCGCUUGGCUGGAUGGGGAGAGGUGCCUUUGUGAUGCUGGUGCCUUUCCAGCAUCUGCAUAGCUGGAAUGUACAAAGACCGGCCCAUUGCCCCUCCUGCUCUGACCUCUGGCCCCAUCCACCACUGGCGUGUGUGCCCUCACCCCCCAAAGUCUUGCCACACAGAAGAAAACAGCCCUUGGGUUGACAAAUAGUUCCCCACCUCUGAUGUGGCUAACCUCUGGCUCUCCAGGUGUGGCUAGAGUCCCAAUUCCCAUCUAGAAGUUAGAGGACCCCUCUGAAAGGGACAGGACUUGGCCUUCCCUAAGGGCUGAGCUUUUCUGCUUUGGGAUUUUAUCUCAAGUCCAAGGAAAACUGCUGCCUUGCAUUCCCCUAGAUACAAAACUUACUGUGGCUGUGAGGAGAUGCAGAGGCAAUCAGUUCAGCAGGCCAAAGCAUAACAGUUAAAGCCGUCAGAGGGGAACCCAAAGAGGUGCAGGGCUGCCUUCGCCGCCUAGGAAAUGGCGACAGGCAAACGAUGAAUCUCCUGCUCGCUGGAAGUAAUUAAGACUGACGAAGCAGGCUGAGCGGGCAAGCCCUCGCAAAUUAGGCUGCAGAUCGGGUUGAGUUGUUGUGCCGAAGGAAGUGUACAGGAAGUGAUAACAUGGGCUGGGAGUCAGGCGAGAGGAAAGGGAGCAGGCGGUGGCUUGCUCUGGCCAGGAAUUUUCUCAGCGUAUUGCACGGUUAGCAAAGUGUUUCUGUGGCGUCAAGGCAACAAACCACUCGGUGGUGAGUUGCAGCCAGUUAAACUUCAGAGUUGAGGGAUGUGUGCAUGUGUUUGCAGGAAAAAAACCACAAAAGUAGAAAUCUGCCUGCUUUGUGUUUGAGAUUCGAGGCUAACCAGACAUGUUUAGAAUCAGCCAUUUUAUUUAUUAAGAAUUGGGGGAAUAGCAAAACCAGGGGAUCCAGGAGCAGACAAGGUAAUCCUCCUGGCGAGGCCUAGAGCGUCCCUCUGGAAGGAAGCUGAAUUUGGGAGGCUUGGAUUACAGGCAAGAUGGAUGGACAAAACAUGGGGUUAGGAAGAGUGGCAGGUUGCUUUGUCUCCUCUUCUCCCCUCCCUCCAAAAAAUGCACUGAUUUUAAAAUCUGCGAGGCUAACUUGUCCCCACCUUUCAAAAUCUUCCUUACUAGGUUCAUUAAGAAGUUGGAGCACUCGUGGAAAGCCCUUGUUCAUGAUGGGGUGAGCAGCCAAAACCCACUGCUUCUUGUUGUUCUGUCUUGUCUGGGAAGUGCUGGGUGGUGACGAUUGUUUGCUUUUGCUCUGAAGAGGGAGGAAAGGGAGGGUGUAAAGGAGAGAGAGAGAACCCUAUUCCCUUCCCCCCGCUUUUGUAUGUCAUUUUGGGCUGUCAUUUCUUUGGGGGGUGGGGGGAGACCAGAGCCUGCAGAUGCAAAGAUCCAGUCAUUUUGUGGUGUUUUUUAUUUGUUACCUGCCUUGAGUUUCUUCCUGGAACUAGAUGGUGUAAUAGUUUGUUGUUGUUUUCAGUAAAUAGAUUGAAGCUUUUGGGGUGAACGCUCCUUAAUGCUUUUGGGGUGGUUUCUCUAGAGAAGCCCACCUGACACCAAACAUCUUUUUGGGCACCAGUUUUUGAUUUCUUUUCUGGCGUACAAUGGGCCAUUUUGAUAAGAAUUAUCAGUUUCUGGUCAAUUUUUUUCUGGCCAUGUAUUGUGUAGAUGUCAGCUUUUGAGGUGGCUUUCUUGUAGUAUGUGGGCAAAUUGUUGCUGGUUUUAUUCCGAUUUAAAUUUUGUUGCCUUGGUUGUUGUUUUGUUUUCUUUAAAGUCCCUCACACCUGCUUUCAUCCUUGUUUACUUGAUGUGACUCUUUGCCGUUUGGCUCUUCAUUGCUGUUUUGCAGGACACAGUUUCAGUUCACCGGCCCAGUUUUUACGCGGAAAGGUUCCAGCGGUUCAUGUGUAACGUUGUCUUCAAGAAAAUCCCUUGUAAGUUACUUAGGUUCACUGGUCAUAAACGUACCCUGUUCUGGGUGGGUAGAGCUCUAGCAGGCUUUUCUGGGGCCCCUCUGAAAAUAGUGUGACAAUUCUGCUGCAUCGGUGCCUUGGAAGGAUUCCCAGCAGACCCAAAAUAAACCCUGCCAUACAUGAUGGUACAUGAUCUAAGCAGUUCUUAGCCCAGUCCAGAUGUUUGCAGGACUCCUGUCAUCAUUCCUAUCAUCAUCAUCAUCAUCAUUAUUAUUAUUAUUAUAUUUACUUUCUGCCCUUCCUCCCAAAGGAGCCCAGGGAGACAAACAUCAAAAAGUUAGAGCAGUACAAAUAAAAAGAAUUGCAGAGUUAAGACAAUAAGAAACCCUUGGAGCUUCUAAAAAACCUUGACCAGCAAUAGCCAUGCCUGCUGAUGGGAGUCCAACAGCGCCCAGAAGUCCGCAGGUGGUCAAGAAGCCAUUGAAACCUCUCGGUUUGGCUUUUUGGUUGGGAUGUUUAGGGAGAGAGGCUGAAGCUCAGUCACAGUGCCAGGCUUUGCCUGUCGAUGGCCCCUGGGUUGACUAUCCAGCCUAUCUGGUUAAAGCUGCCAGGCUUGAGGAGACCUCUGAAAGCUGCUGCCUGUUUGAGCACGUGACACUGGUGACGAUGAACCAGUGGGCUGACUUUGGAACAAGGCAGCUCCCGCAGCCCCGGCUUCAGAGCCAGUGAGCUGAUGGAUCAGGCCCCGUGCCUUGAAGUGAAGGUUCAGGCCCCAACACCUUAUCUGUUUCAUUUAUUUGUUGCAUUCUGUGCCACCUUUUUUUCUCUUAAGGAGCUCAAAGUGGCACUCGUGGUUCUCCCCUUCCUCGCUUAGUCUCCACAACAGCCCUUUGAGAGGACUGAGAGGCAGUGACUGGCUCCAAGCUCACAUGCAGGCAGCUUCCUGGCCUGAGUGGGGAUUUGUACCGGGGUCUCCCCCGUAUCCUAGUUCAGCACUCUGCCCACUACAAAAACGGGUCUUGCUCAGCAAACCCCCAAAGAAAGCAUCCCUUCAAGACCUUGGGAAACCACUAAACCACAGUAUGUUGGGCAUUUCAGUUCCAUUUCCGCCCCCCCGCCCCCCCCCCCGUGGUCCUAACUUGGUUAUUGUUGAGUCGCAGCUACUUCAAAAGCUUUCUAUUUCAAGUGAUUUGAGUAUCCUUCCACCCCCACCCCCCAUAUAUUUUGUGUGUGUUAGGCCUUGUGCCUUGCUUAAUAGGCAAGACAAAGGCUGCCAAUAAGGCUACAUCUGCUAUACACGUCUGUGGUUUCUCUUUCCCUUUCCAAGUUAAAUCUUCCCCUUCGAAAAAGAGCCGGUCUGGUGCAGGACCUCCCCGGCGGCCAGGGCAGGGUGGCGCCCCAUCCCAGGUGCAAGGGCUGUGCGAGGCAAAAGCGCAGUUCACGAUGGAGGCGGAAGUCGAGCAAGGUUGGUGGCUCCCCAGAGGUUGGGGGGGGGAGAAUGGGGAGGACGAGGAGGCAUGUCGGGACCAAGGCCUUCCUGCCUGUCCCAGCCUGACAAGCCGUGGCGACACCCAGAGUUGUCUUCAUCAGUUGCUCGGCUGCAGCAUUCCAUGCUUCAAGCGGGGAGGUUUCAUGCUCCCUGCAUAAAAACCCUCCGCAGAGACAGGGGAAAGACAAGUUGGGGGACCAGACUCUUCUGUUCAAAUGCUUUCAUGCCCCUUCCGUGCGUAAUGGCUCGGCCCAUUGGUGGAUUUAGCCAGAGGUGGGGCCUCUGUUUGUCUCUCUGAGCAUGAUGCUGUUCAGACUAGUCUGGGGUGGAGUGGGGUAGGGCAGUAUCCUCAAAUUACAGCUUUAGAGCUUGACCACCCCUUUUCCCCUCUUCCUCAGGUUCCCAGCUGGGCCGCCCUGACCUUCUCCCCCACACUCCCCUUGCAGAGGAAAUAAACAGCGACUCAGCUGCCACAACCUUAUCCACCUCCUCCUUGGGGAGCAGAAGCCACGAUUCACCAGCCAACAGGUAAGGCUGGGCCCGGCUGCUGGCUUCUUGUUGACUCGCAGGUUUUCCAUGUGUGUUUAUGUGUAGAAAGCAGUCUGCCAUAAGACUGUUCGAAGUGAGGCUGGGCUUAUUUUAUUACAAAAUUAACUGUCGCAUCCUGCGAUCUAGGGCUGAGGAUCCACAGGCAGUGGUCAUGGCAGCCCAGAUUUGCAGCUGGCUUUCCCCGAUGGGAAGUGGGUGCCUUGGGAAAGUGACUGAGGUGUGCUGCACCGAUCCUUUGGUCCCUCCCCUCUCCUGUAAUAGAGCAAAUUUAUUUGACUGUGGUUUGCAUUCUUCUCCCCCCUUCUUUUUGUCUUUGAAGCUGGCAGCUGGUGGGCCAGCUGGCAUCCCUCAAGGAGUGCACUUGGGGUCUGCCUGCUCUCGCUGACCUUUAGUCUACUAUAAGUCGAAGUUCAACAGGGAGAUGAGGGACACAGACACCAGGCUGCAGCCGAGGUUCAGAGGCAGGAAGCUAUGGAAUUUCAGGGGUGUGGGUGUGUAGGGGGCUCUAAUAAUAUUUAUUAUUAUUAUUAUUAUUAUUAUUAUUAUAUCCCACCCAUCUGGCUGAGUUCCCCAGUUUCCCCACUCUGGGUGGCUCCCAAUUGAGUGUUAAAAACAUCCUGUUUGUGAGCUUUUCAGGGAAGGCAUCUGCUUGGGACAGGAAACCAGAGCAGACAGACUUUUGCUCUGAUUCAGUUGGUCUGUUCUUAGAGCUCCCCAAGGGCUUUUCGGGGGGUGUUACUAGAAGCUGUAGGAUCAGGACUUCACUUCUGCCUCGCAACCUCUGCUUGCUUAGGAAGAAAAACCCAAGCAGGCUGCAAGCCACAUUAGAUGCCCCAGUCUCCAGGCAGAACACCAAUGUAGAUUGGCUGUUUUGUCACAAAGAUCUUUGGCAAUAUCUUCAUUAUCUCAAGAUUUGCCUUUGCGGGGCAAGAGGAUUUUGGCAUGUGACUUCAAAACUGCUCCUGUGUUUAGCCCAGCCCACCCUGCUAAGCUUAGGCUUCAACUGCACGACCUGCGGUAUUGCCAUUUACGACUAGCUUUAAAAAAAACCCAACAACCCUGUUUUAAUUGCAACAGGCUCUUUGCCAAAAGCAGUUUUGCUCAGGGGCCUUGUGACCUGAGUCAGCCCCUGCAUUUGGGAAUCUCCCCUUUUAAAAUAUAAAUUUGCAUGGCAUGAAGAGACAGAGAUGAGGGAAAUCACAGCUUCAGGUGGGGAGCUGUCAGGUUUUGUGAAGGCGCUUAAUUGAAGUCACUCAUCAGUUGUGGUUAAAAAGUCUGUCUUGUCUUGCUUCUCCCCCCUUUUGCACCUUACUGGAUGAAAUGCAAUUGCGCUUUCUUGACACAAAUAUACCAAGCUAGCUUGAUUUCUCUCCCGCCACCCUUUUCAUGUAAUGUUCCUUCCCUUCUCUGUUGCUUUAUCACCAAUCCCCAACCCAGCCUCACCCCCAUUUCCACCCCCUCUUUAAAUUCCCUCUCCUGUAUGUAACAAGAAGGUGAGAAGAGGAGAUUUAAGGAAAUAAAAAAGGGGUGGUUCUGGGUUGGGGGUUAGUUAGCAGCUCCACCUGCUGGUGGUUUUUUUUUUAAGGGGGGGAAGUCCCUCCUGGACUAAUGAUUAAAAUUUUAUUUGCAUCUCUUGCUGAAUCAGCAGCUUGGAAAUUGGAUUGUGAAUUGCAGGGGUGGGAUUCUUCUCCAGGAUAAAGGAGAAAAAAAGAGGAAGAAUAUAUAUGAACUUUUGUUUUCUUGGUUCAGCCUUGCCAGCUGUUUUUGGUUUUUGUUUUUGUUCCUUUUCAAAAAAGUACUGUGCAGAGCAGCUCAGAUUCUUAGAUCCUCACCACUGAGUUCAUUGCCACUGAGAGUCAGGAAUUCUCUCCAUCUCUUUCUCUCUCUUUUUAUUUCUCUGUUUAGGUCUAUAGGAGUGGAAGUUCACAAAUCAGGUACCUCAAAGGAUCCGACUCCGGAGACCUCCUUCCCUAGGUGAGGGGUGGGGGGCCAAGACCUGAACCGUGGUUUAGUAGCUGUCUCUUUUUCACCUUUGAACUUGAGGCUUUUCUGCUGUCCUGAUUGGAUGGUGUUUGGAUUAUUCUUAACGUUGUGCUGAAAUGCCUCUUUGCUGUGACUGUACAUGGCAGGGGCAGAGCAGGAAUCCAUGCCUUGUCUGCUCCCUGCCCUCCCCAUCACCCGUAACCAUCCUGCAAAGGUUCCUGUUGAUUGCAGCCCAGCCUACCCACACCUGGGAUGGAGAACACCCCACAAUGUGGACUGAAAAGAUUCCCAGAGGCAUCUGGCUAACUAUUAUGGGAAAGAAGGAUACUGGAUUUGAGAUUGGCCAUUGGUCUGAUCCAGCGAAGCUGCUAUUCCCGCCUCCCUGCCCACUCAGUCAGCCAUACAGACUUGAAGCCCUCCUUUAGCUGCCCCAGAAAGCAGACUCUAAAGGCUGGGCCUGGCUGCUUCCCUGGGUUUCUCACAGCUUGGUGUUCAGCUGUGUUUUCAGUCUCGCCCACAUAGAAUGAUGCACUUAACCCUUCCCCCUUCCCCUUUUAAUCUUUGCCUAGGUUACAGGCAGAGCUAUGCAGACAUGUGUUCUAGCAAGACCAGGUUCAGCCUCAGCAGUAGCCGUAGGUGAGAUGAGACAUAACGCAGACCAGCCGGUGGGGCAUUUUUGUUCUGUUUAUUCACAAGUUCGGAAACUGUUCCAAAAGGAAAAGAAAAUUGCUUAUAGAUAAAGGGAGGUGGAGACUGCCUUGCUUUGCCUGUCUUUACGCAAACCAGGAAGCCCUUAGGGAGGUGCAUCUGAAUCCGGUUUUUAGCACCCCCUUCUCUGUAGGGCUCGGAACAGAUUGUGGGAUUAAAGAAAUAAAUAAGACACGAUAAGCUCCUGUCAGCCAACUUCUUUUAUUUUGGUGGAUUUCCGCCCUGCCCUUCAAAUAGACCCCCAGGACAUCUUAAGAAAACAACAGCCACAAUCAAAACAUACAAAUGAUACGUUUUGAGAGAGGUGUGUGAAGACUGCACAGAAAUGAAAAGGCAGGAUCAAAAACACCUGGGGGAAACCAAGGCAGCUUAUCCUGUCCUCAAAACAGCAUCAAGGGGAGCCUCCCUGGGGAUUGUGUUCGGGAGUUUGGGUGCCGCAGCUUCAAAGGCAGGGAAACAGCGUUGGCUGUGAGCAGUUCGCCUGGCCGCCUCCCUGCCUUGCACUGGCCCCUCAGGGUUCUUCCAGAACACAUUCUUCCUUCUCCUCUUUCUCAUGCACUUUUAGACGAUCCCCAUUGCCCCAUUUUUGAGGAGCUUCUCCCAGCCCCUGUGAAGAUUGGGUGUGGGGAGAGAGAGAAAUCGGAGCUAGGUAUUUGUGCCACCUUGUGAAAAGGCCAGUUUGUGUUUUGCACAUGCGUGGAUUGAAAAACCCAGGAGUAGGCUUUAAAAAGCCGGCAAAACAAUUGUGUUUUAAGGCAGUCUUCUUCCUUAAGAAGCCUUCACUUCACUUUGUCCCUUGCUACACAAAUACCCCCCUAUUCUGCCAUCUGCCUUUUCGGCUGUCGCAGCACAUAGCGUGUUUUCUCAGCUGAAACAGUCUAUUGAAAUGCAGCACAUUUUAGAGAGGCUGCCAUUUUAUUUUUAUUUUUAAAAGAGAGGUUUCCUUAACCCGGAAGAUCUUGGGGGAAGGGAAGGAGUUGGGGGGGUCACUGGUCUCAGUCGUCUCAGGAAUGAUGAAAGGUCUGUCUCUUGAUCUCCACAUAGGUCACAGGAAAACAGCUUAUCUUCAGAGGUAGCUAGUUCAACGUUCUCCCAAGUAGGUGAAAAACUCACCCUGUCAGACAAGGAAGCCAUCAAUGUGUGGUGUCCCAAUAAUACCCAGGAAUGGGAAGAACCUCUGACCCUCCAGAUGUUUCCAGACUACAACUCCCAUCAUCCCUGAAUGUUGGCCGUGCUGGUUGAUGGGAGUUGGGAGUUCCAGCAAUCUCUGCAGGGCCACAGAUGAUGGUCAUCCCCAUCCCUUAAGGCACAGCCCCCCCAGCGUGGAAUUGCAUGUUGGGCUUAUUGCAAGUUGGAAACUGCCAUGGGUUUAGUCCCCCCGCCCCUUCUGCGGGGUGUUGAGCUACAUUAAGCAAGGUCUAAUUCCCGCUCGGCCAGUAAUUCUGCACUCAAGACUUUUGCACAGUUUUAAUUCUUCUGCCUGUAGAAAGCUAGUUCAUCAGGGAGAAGGGGAGGUUUCCUGCUUGCAGCCAUUCUUAUUUUUUAUAGAAGAGGCCCAGAUCCCAUCAAACUGCCACCUGCAGCUGGAAGCGAUUGCAGCCAAGACACAGACUUUCUCCCUCUAGUGAGAUCAGCUUUUGUCUGCAGCUGAACUCUCUCUUGGUUCAGGUUGGGGCAGAGAGUUGGUCUGGAGAAGCUAACUGGAUUCAAAAGAAGCGAGAUCAGAGAAAGAGCAACAGGAACUUGGGAAGGGCUAAGCAAGCGGCUAUACAGAAAUAAGACCCACCUUUCAUCCCCUUGUGCUUCAAGAGCACUAACCAGUUGCCAGCAAUAACAUUUUUGACUUCUCAAACACCCCCUCCCCACCACCCACCAUGGAAAUGAUGAAUGGGAAGGUCUAACUCUCUCAAGCUUUGGUUUUUACCAGUUGGUUUGGCUGAGAUUUUUUUCUGCGUGUUGUGGAUUAAACUAAUCAGCAAGGAGCUGAUAUUUCCCCUUCCUGCAGUGGAGGCGAAGGAAAGACCCAGCAGCCCUGAGACCCCUCUGGGAACCAACGGGAAUCUCCUUGUAUCUUGAUGGUUCCCUCCUCUGUGACUCUCACAUGCUGCUAAAGAGCUUCCCUUGGGGGCAUCUGUUUGGCCUCUGUGAGAACAGGAAGCUAGACAAGAUGAACCUCCUUUGGCCUGAUACAGCUGUGGGGUUCUUUGGGGGAGAGGUCCUUACUACCGACCAGCUGGCCACUUAUGGGGAGGAAGGGAUUCCUUUGUAGCAAACACCUGCCCACGAAAGCUGGUACCAUAAACGAACACCAGUCCUGUUUUUGAGCAGCCUUUGCAGUGUAACCUGGGGAGGCCACACGUCAUAAUCAUAGUGCCCCUUUUUAAAGCAUCUUAUUUUUUCCCCCUCUCCCCUCUGCCCCCACCCAGCAUUUCUCCAGGACCCUCCGCACCAGGACGUCCCUCUGAGCUGACGGAGCAAUUUGAAGACUUGCCAGAGACGGAGAUCAGCUUUGUAAGUUGUCUUAUUUUACAGGAAGGACGGGUCACCAGCUUGGUGCCCGCCUGGCAACUGCAUUGGACUCUUGGAACUCGCUGUUAGACCUAGCAAAGCACUGGCAAACCUCCGGCUGCCGCUUCUCGACUUUGCCUAUGCUUAUUUGUUUAAUAAAUUUUACACACCACUUCAUUGUAAAAAGAAGAAUCCCAAAGCAGUUUACAAGGAGAAUAAAACAAUAGAAUUGCAGUCGUACCUCGGCUCCUGAACGCCUUGGGAGUUGAAUGUUCAGGCUCCUGAACGAUCAAAAACCAGCAGUGAGUAUUCUGGUUUUUGAAUGUUCUUUUGGAAGCCGAACGUCUGACGAGGCUUCCGCGGCUUCUGAUUGGCUGCAGGAGCUUCCUGCAGCCAAUCAGAAGCCAUGCUUUGGAUGCCGAACGUUUCGGAAGUCGAAUGGACUUCUGGAAUGGAUUCUGUUCGACUUCAGAGAUACGACCGUAUCCAUAAAAACAACUAUUAAAAUGUUCAAAAGAUAAACAUCAGCUAAAAAAACAUUAAAACACACAUCCACAUUCUGCAUCUAUGUCUAGGAAGGCUUGUCUAAACAAAAAUGUAGUCUAAACCAAAAGGAGUACAGAGAAGUUGCUGAUGUCAAUAGGCAGGGAGUUCCAGAGUUACGCUGCUGCUUGCAGCUGACCUGUUAAGGUAGCUCCCACUUCCAGGGUAACACGAGAGAAGUUCCUGUUUUAGCCACAGUAGUUAAAUAAAACCCCACAAGAUCAGAACCGAACUGGAUUCAGGGUUUGCACUCUCUGAUCCCCCUCAUCCAGAACUGGUACUACUUUCCACUUUUUAAAAAAUCCUCAUUUCUUCCCAAGGAUAUUUCAGUUUGCCUCCUUCCAAAAAUGGCAUAUCCUUUUCUCCUGCAAUGCACCACUCCACCACAGAAAUCUCCUCCUAAGCUGCAGGCACAACCUUCCUGAAACCUGCCUAACUCCCUUUUCUUUCUUUCUUUUUUUGCAGUGAAAUAUCAUGGGGUGGAUUCCUUCUUUAGACGUGAGCGGAAGACUUUCCUCCACGCUCUCUGCGUUGUCUGUGGAGCACUGAACCUCCAGCCCUUCCCAGGCUGCUGAUAUCUAGAACUUUUAACUGAUCUGAACAGACAAAACGGGGGGCUCAGCCCCUCACACACACACCUGCGGCAAAAUAGUGUUAUCCGCCAACUUUCCUGAAGCCUGCCGGGUCUCUCAUGGGGGACCCCGAGUUUCCUCUGGCGCAGGCGGAAGAGCGUUCCCUGAGCCACAGGCGUUUUCCAGGCUGUGUCUCAAGAAGGGACAGGUACCCUUCUAGGUGGUCCCAAAUGUCUGAGCAGAGAACGUCUCGAUGCUGUGAGGGGCUUCUCUCUGUGCUCCCGAUCCUCCCCGGGAGCAGAAGGUCGGGGGGAAUCAGGGUGUCUGUUGGUCUUGGAACGCUUUGCAAAAGGAUGAACGUUGACGUUUUAUUUUUAACUUGUAUUUAAAACUCCCCCCCCCCUUUCAAACUGCCGUAUUGGGGUGUUGGUUCUUUAGGUUGUUGUUUUUUUAACGUAUGUCGUUUUUAGGUCAAGAAACUUCUGACGCACCAAGAACAGCCUUUUCUCCCAGGGAGAAACUAUCCUUUUGGUGGGGGCGAAGGGGGUGUGUGUCACACAUCCAAGGACGUCUUGCUCAUUUUAAAAUCUUUAUUUUUAUUUUAGCAUAAGCGAUAGCACCUCGCCCCCUUUAAACUCUACUGUAAGCACGUCUGCUCAGAAGCAAGGACGGUUUUUAAGCCUUCAGCAUUUUACUAGCGGACCAAACUUAAUCCCCCCUGGCCUUUGUGAGGGAGGAAGACACCUCCCUUUCUCAGUAUUAAGUCCUUUAAGGGACUCCAGACUUAUAAACCUCCUUUUUUAAAAAAGAAAAAGAAAAAUUUGAAAUGCCCUGGUUUCUGGUUUGUUUCUUUUUAAUUAUACAUAUAUAUACACACAUAUAUAUCUGUGCUCAGAUCUUAGCACCGAUGCUUUCCAGCUCCUUUUGCUUUAUAAAAACAGCCAACUUCCUCUUUUGUACGUAGUGAAAGUUUCCUACAACGUUCCUGGUUGCGAUGCCCUUUGACUCUGAAGAAAGCAACUAGGUCUUUAAACUAAGGAGAGAGAGAGAGCGGGGAAGAAGGUAGCAUAAAACCUUAGUGAAAUAAUCACUAAACUUUCCAAACAGGAGCCCCUUCGGCAGUUUGGAACUUGUGUCAUGCCAAUAACUUUUGGGUUGGUUUUUAUAUAUAUAUAUAAAAAAGUAAUAUUCUACAUUUACGGUCAAGUUGAAAUCAUGACAGCCCUUUCCUCCCUAGAGAAUUCCACCAAGAGAAUUUAUAUUUCUCCUAAAUGUAUUUUUUUAUAUCCCCCUUGCUGUCAGUAAUCACAGUAAGAAGCUUAGAGGCUUAUGAAGACAGGCCGGUUUUAUUCUGUUUAAAAUGUUGAUGUAUAGCGGAAGUUCCACCGGAACCUAAACUUGAAGCAAAACGCUUUCUUUUUUUCUGUAAGGAACAGGGAGUGCCCCACAAGUUCACAUACCCCCCCCCCUUUUCAGUGCCUGCUGUGGGUGUAGCCAAAUUUUGACUACCCAUGGUUUGCUUUUCACAGGUGGGCUGCACCUUAGGAACAACCAGGGUUAGCCAUUAUACUCUGCCCAGGCUUGACAAGUGUACCUUGUUUAACCCUGAAUAGGGGAGGAAGGACGAACAGAGCGCUCCUGAUCUCUUAAAUACGGAGAAGAGAUCAGGAAGUAUGACGACAUGUCGGGAAUAAUUGAUUGAUUCUAUUUUUUAAACAUUCAUAAUGCAGAAAAGUAGUUAAAUUCAUGCAGUUUUUCUAGCCAUACAGAACUCCAGGUGACAACACAGCUCUGUGUUUGGAGGAAUUACUUCCUUGCCUUACCCUGCCCUCUCCACAAUUCUCUUUAAGAGUUCUAUUUUAAGUAAAUGUCUAUAUUAGACACCCUUUGACUCUUCGGAAACAUCCCCAGAAUCGUCUAUUUUUGUCCCGCGAGGAGGAAAAGAACACAAGCUUUUUUUGUUGUUUGGUUUUUUUCCCAUGAUGUUAAUAUUUAUGAAGUUGUAUUUAAGUGUAUUCUUCCACCCCCACCAAACACCCCCCCCCAAUUUCCAUGGGGGGAAAGCAGCUCUUCGAGCUGAAGGCGAGAGGAGUGGGGUUCUUUCUGUAGUGUUACGAUUUAAUGACUUUGCUUUGACUGGGUUUUAAGGAAGCAGCAAGCACAAGUUCUGGCGUUUUUUAAAAAAUUGGGGGGCAGGAAGACAACCCUCGUCUUGGACCCGUUUUGAAAAGCUCCAAGUCAACCUCAAGAAGUGAGUGGACUGGUUUCUCAUUCAGUGCCGGGACUGACUGCCAUUACCUCCCGUCACCGGAGGCGGGACAACUGAGGACUAGCCGCUCAGCGCAGCCACAUCCAGAGAGAGAGAGAGAAUGAAUGAACACACGGUUGGGUUCUGGACCUGCCCAAACAUCCUUGUAGCCGCCCAUCUCGAUGUGCCGUGCCGUGGAUUUUUGUCACUUCGCCCCUCGUGACUCUGAGGCAUAUCAUUGCCUGUUCAAAUGGAUGUUGAAACCCCCUUCCCUUCUCUCUCAGAAAACAGCAACACCCCACGCCUGUUUUAUCAGCUUCAUCUGUCGGACACGAUGGGGCGUAACAUGCCGUGUGCUACUCGGUUCAAUAAAGCGGUCUUUAUUUCUUUUAAGAGCGUCCGCCUGUGCAACCGCA